CUUAUUGCCAGCAGGGGGCAGCCAUGUUUCUGCUCUCAGUCAGUCAUGUCUGACAGUGAGGAGGUAGAGCAGCCCAGCUGUGCCCGCUUUCGAGUGAUCCCCCAGGCCGUUACCGGGCCGGACAGCACCCCUCUGGCUGGUCGCGAUGUGCCCCGGCAGUCCUCCCGCGCUCCCCCCGGCCUGCUGGCCCUGCCCCCCGGUCUCCCCCUCCGGUUUGACAAGAACAUCAAGCAGGCUUUCUAUAACACUGGGGCGCUGCUGUUCGCCGCCGGGUGCUGCGGGGCCGCCGUGCUGGUCUACUUCAUCCUGGAAGCCUUCCUCAGGCCGCUGCUGUGGGCAGCUCUGUGCGGCACCUUCCUGCAUCCCUUUAAGACCUCGCUGACAGGCCUGGGCCGCCGCUGGCUGAGCCGCUUACAGCGCCAGGGCUCUCCCAUCGUGCUGGCCACCAUGCUGCUGCCGGUCAGCUUCGCCAAUCACUGCCUGGAAGCCACCGGGGAGUUUGUAGCCCGCAGGCUGCGCUUACUGGUCCCCGUCCUGGCCGGGUUCCCCGCCAUUUACUGUCUGUACCUGGCAGGGAGCUACCUGGGGGUGAGGGAGCUGCUGGCACAGCUGUGCUGUAUGAUCUGUGGGGCCCUGGAGUACUUCAGCACCCUGUGGGUGAGUAGCGGGCAGCUGGUGUCAGGGGGGGGGGAAGGUUUGGGUUGGUCAGACAAGAGAAGCAGUUUAUAAGUGUGAUGGGAGUGGUAGUUCUAUAACAGGUGGGAAUCUACUUUUUGUCCACCGUUUCCUUAGAGCACUUGUGAUUGUUGUUGACUGUCUUGCCCAUGAAGUCGAGCUAGCCUCCAGUAGUUUAGCUGGCGGAGAACUGCGAGAAAAGCUGGAAUGAGCGAAAUGUAAACCUCCCAUGCCAGCGUUCUCGGUUAGUUUAUACAAGAUCUAGUUUAUGCUUGUAUAUUUGGAGUAAUAAGCAGUAUUGUUUGUAGACUUGUCCUGAUUUGUAUCUCUAUAUCGUUGGUAAAUUGAACCCUGAUUUCCAAAAUGUUGGUACAAGUAGUAAAGCUGUGGCUAAAGUUGGAUACGUUGUUGUUUGUUGUUUUUUUUUUUUUUUUUUUUUUUGUUCAGCUGUUUACUUUAAAUUUUGCAAAGCAGAUUUUCAAGCACAACUGACUCGAAAAAUUCUCUAAAUCAGCUGUAGCUAAUAAACCCUGUCUUUAGAAAUUCGACUUUCAGUAAAACGCAAAUCCCCUGUUCUUUCAUAUAUAUAUAAGAGCAUCUUGCAUAGAGAUAAUCCCAAGUAAAUUUCAAAUUUUAGGCCAGAAUAUCUGAAUUGGAAAGAUUCAAAUCAGCAAUACUUUCAGUUCUGCUAUUUUAGCUGAAAUAUAAAAAUCACUUUUAAAACAUUUUGAAUUCUCAACAAAUCAAUCUUGAAAUCUGUAUGCUCAUAUCCACUUUGCUGAUCAGAGCCAGUGCAAGGGUACUUGCUGCACUAGGUAACAAUACAUUUUGACACCGGUCAUGAAUGCAACUACAUUCCCUCAGAGGUUUAUUCACUAAACUCUGAAUUACACUGAAGAGACAUUUAGGGAAAGAGGCACACUGAAUAGAUAUUAAAGGGAAACUAUCGUGCCAGGAAAACAAACUUGUAAUCCUGGCACUAUAGCUUCCCCUCCGUCAAGCGCUCCCCUCGUGGUGCUGCAGGGGUUAAAAACCCCUUUUGUCACUUACCUGGAUCCAGCACCAAUGUCUUUUGUGCUGGCUUGGGUCCGCCUUCGCUCCUCAAUGGCCGCAUUUGCAGUGGUAUUUCCGUGACGUUUGGUUUUGCGUGACACUGGACGGUGCAUAGCCACUAGAGGGGUUAACCCUGAACGGUAAUUAUUGCAGUUUCUUAAAAAUUGCAAUAAUUACCUGUGCAUUGUCACUUACACAAUCUCACUAAUACACACACUCACUGGCAUACACACUUACACAUUUUAACUCUGUCACUCACUGACCUACAGUGUCACUUGCGCCCUCACUGACCUACAGUGUCACUUGCGCCCUCACUGGCCUACAGUGUCACUUGCGCCCUCACUGGCCUACAGUGUCACUUGCGCCCUCACUGGCCUACAGUGUCACUUGCGCCCUCACUGGCCUACAGUGUCACUUGCGCCCUCACUGGCCUACAGUGUCACUUGCGCCCUCACUGGCCUACAGUGUCACUUGCGCCCUCACUGGCCUACAGUGUCACUUGCGCCCUCACUGGCCUACAGUGUCACUUGCGCUCUCUCUCACUAAUACACACACAGUCACUUGCGUGCUGUCACCUAAGAAACACUGUCACUCAAACACAAAGUCACACUUUAUUUACACACACUAACACGCUCCCCCAUUUACAAACACGCACACAAUAAACAAUCCCCCUUAACCAUGCCAUACCUGGGUGCUGUGAAGAUUAGAAGAGGUCCAGGCAGCAGGAUGUUGCUUUUCUUUCUCCUGUGGGAGAAGGAGAGCCGUGCACUGUGAGCACAGGCUACUUCCUGCUCCCUUCACCGUGCUUCCAGGGUUCACAGGCAGGGGGCAGCAGGGAUACCAGGUCAUAUCCAGGCUCAGUGCUCUGAUCGGGUUACAGUAAACCCCACUGCCCGAGCAGAUAAUCGGCUGCAGAGGAGCCCAGCAGCUGAAUGGCUGCCCUGGGGGGUGGCUAAGGACCCGCUUGUCCAGCACGCCAGCCCCAGACAGCUAUAGCAAGGCAGCCCACUGGGAAACCUCUCGGUGGGCACCCCCAGAGGCCGGCGCCCCAGGAGAAUGCCUUCUUCACCUAAUGGUAGCGCCGACCCUGUACCUUGCUCAAAUACUUUGCUCAAAUACCACUUUGCUGAUCAAAACAUUCUAAGCACUGUAACUGCUGCAGUGCGCUGAUUGGUUUUUGUGCCUGAAUCCUGAGCCAGUAUAUAUGGACAUAUAUCACAGAGCAGAGGUGGUCAUUGCGGGAAAAGUUUGACUACAGUAAAUGGAGCUGAGUCAAGCUCCUCCAUUGGUGAAAGAAGGUCGAGCAUAGGAAAAUACACAAGACAAAGUAGCUCCUACUUUUAAUGAAAACUAGCUCAGAUAGGAAGAAAAUAACAUAUUCUGAAUGCAGAAGAGGAAGCAGAUGGGGAAAGGUUAGUUCAGAAUGACAGUGCCGCUUUAAGAGGUUUCAAUGCAGAUUACAAAAAUAUUCUGCCUUUAAAAGGUGCAUUUUGAAUAUAAAAUCCAUAAAUAUAAAUGUAGACAAUGUAUUUUUGGUGUUAGGAGUGCCUACCCCUCCCCUCUCCUUCCCCCUCCCCCUUUUAAGUAGUCAAAUCAUUUUAAAACGGUUUGGGGUUUGCCAGGUUCUUCCACUACAGCAUAAGAGAGCAGGAAGCUUUCUGAUCAGCUGACUCUUAGCUCAGGAGAGGACUCCCGGUAAGAAGGGAAACUGUUCUAAAUAGGUUUGAUUACCUCCAAUGGGAGAGGGAGUUGCCAUGGCACUCCUGGUACCAUAGCCUCUAUAAAGCCUGCUAUAAACUUCCUCCUAUGCUCUUUGUCCCCUCCUCUGUGCCUACUCUGCUUUAGCUUGCUCCAUGUAGCGUAGGCGGACCGUGGCAGGAGCUUCCCUACCUCAUCUGCAAGGAAGCCGUUCUGUGAGCACAUCAUGCACAUCCUGUAAGACUGGGUAGGGGAACUCAAGCUCCUCUCCUGCAGUCUGCCUGCUCGGCGGCGCUACAUCAAGUGACUGGCAGGGAGACCUGUGCAAUGACCUCCCCUUCUUGUCUGCGAUACAAUCCAAUUGUCACCGACACCCUGUAUCACGCCACACCGAUCGGAAAGCUGUGAUCUAUACACUCAAACUGCUUCAAUAAGCAAAAAUUAUUUGGGUGAAUAUAGUGUUCAUUUAAGCUUGUCAAUUCCUUUGUUGUCACCAGUGCUCUUUCUAUGGAGGAUCCCGCGGUUUCUUAGGAUUCUCCAUAAACCUCAAUGAUGUACUCUUGUGCAUGUGGAGGAGCAAGCUGGUGGUGCCUGCGAGGAACUGGUUCAGGUAUAUAAAAUAUUUCAUUUAAAGGACCACUAUAGUGCCCUGAGGGUGCCCCCACCCUCAGGGUCCCCCUCCCGCCCGGCUCUGGGGAGAGGAAAGGGGUUAAAACUUACCUUUCUCCAGCGCCGGGCGGGGAGCUCUCCGCCUCCGAUCCUCCUCCUCUCCUCCCUUUCGGCUGAAUGCGCACGCGCAGCAAGAGCUGCGUGCGCAUUCAGCCGGUCUCAUAGGAAAGCAUUUAUAAUGCUUUCCUAUGGACGCUUGCGUGUAGUGAGAAGCACACAAGCGCCUCUAGCGGCUGUCAAUGAGACAGCCACUAGAGGAUUUGAGAGCUGGAUUAACCCCAUUAUAAACAUAGCAGUUUCUCUGAAACUGCUAUGUUUAUAAAAAAAAAAAAAAAAAAUGGGUUAACCCUAGCUGGACCUGGCACCCAGACCACUUCAUUAAGCUGAAGUGGUCUGGGUGCUUAUAGUGGUCCUUUAAAGGAACACUCCAGUGCAAAACAUUGCAAAUCACUGUUCACUACGGGGGGGUGGUGGGGUACAUCUUAAAAUUGCAGAAGCUGUUUCUUCACAGGGAUAAAACUUCUCAUUGAGAAGCCUCUAAAUUGGUGUGCUCAUCUGUGCACGCACAUCUUAUAUAAGGUAUGGAGGAGCUAAGAGAGCUGAUCUGAUGUCUGUGUGGGAGGAAGCAGGUGCAUUCAAGUACAAUGUUACAUAGCUGAAAAGAGACUUGCAUCCAUCAGCCUUCUUCACAUUUGGUUUUUGCUGUUGAUCCAAAAGAAGUAAAAAAAAAAAAAAAAAACAGUUUUGAAGCACUUCCAAUUUUGCAAAAAACUAGGAAAGAAUUCCUUCUUGACCCCAGAAUGGCAGUCAGAUUAAUCUCUGCACUUGUUUAGUGCCAUAAUAUUCUUCUUUAGAACAGGUGCCCAAAAUUGCAGAGCAUAUUUAGUAUGUGGUCUUAACAGUGAUAUAUAAAGAGGCAAAAUGAUAUUCCCAUCCCAAGAAUGAAUGCCCUUUUUCAUGCAUGACAAUACCUUACUGCUGAUUGACAUUGCACAUUGUUGCAUAGUUUGUCUAUAACAAUUCCCAAGUACUCUUCGUGUGUUGUUAUCCCUAAUUCGCUUCCAUUAAGGGUAUACGUUGCUUGUGCAUUCUUUAUGCCGAAGUGCAUAACUUAGCAUUUUUCAAAGUAAUAUCUUGCUCACAUUGUAUUACUUUACAGAGUUUAGUGUCAUCUGCAAACACUGAAACAUGACUUUCAAUGCUUUUUUUUUUUUUUUUUUUUUUUUUUUUCAAAGAUCAUUUAUAAACAUGUUAAAUAGGAGUCCCAGAACAGAGCCCUGAGGGACACCAUUUGCCACCUCUGAAAAUGUACCAUUAAUGACGACUCUUUGUACUCCAUUUUUAAGCCAAUGUUCUAAUCAAGAACCUAUUGUGUGGCACUGUAUCAAAUGCCUUUGGCAAAAUCCAAAUAGAUCACAUCCACUGCAACACCCUGAUCUAUACUUCUACUUACUUCUUCGUAGAAUGCAAUUAGGUUAGUUUGGCAUGACCUGUUUUUCAUAAAACCAUGCUGACCUUUGCUGAUAACCAUAUUCUUCUCAAGAAAUUCUUGAAUAUUAUCCCUAAUAACCUUUCAAAUACUUUUCCAGCCACAGAUGUUAAGGUCUAUAAUUUCCAGGCAAGGAUUUUGAAUAUAGGAACCACAUCUGCCUUCCUCCAAUCUUCUGGAACACUUCCUGAAGGAAAAGAAUAUUGAAAGAUUAAAAACCACUUAUUUCUACAGUUGGUUCCUUAAGUAUUUGUUGAUGAAUACCGUCAGGCCCUGGAGCUUUGUUUAUAUUAACUUUCUUUAGUUGAUGCAGCAACUUGUCUUGAGUUAACCAAUUAAAAUUUUUCUGUAAGUUUUUAGCUGCACUCAUUUUCGCUUUCAUUGGUUUAGGGGAUCUUACGGAAGGAGUCUGAAAACCUCCUUGGCUCUUUGAUAGCCAUGGGAUGUUCCAUAAUUGAUUUUAUAAAAAUGCUGAUUUCUAGAAUUUUUUUAAUUUUAUUAUAAACUGGGCUUAAAAUAGGAACCCCCUCACCCAUGAGGAACUCUGAAAUGCUUUUGUGGUGUGGAGCGGUUCUUUAAAUGUAUAAUAAAGUGUUCUUUUAUUUUUAUUUUUUGUGGUUUUUGUUUUAUUAUUAUUCCCUCCCCCAUUUUCAUCAAAAUCCAUUUAAUUUCCGGUACAGCUGGGGUACACAUUGAAAGGGGAAGAAACCAAAACAGUGGGAGAUAUGUAUAAAAAGUAUAUGUUUAGACAGGCAGAGCAAACAUGAGGACAGGGACACAAUCCCUAGUGCAGUGUGCCAACUGUACCCCUGGUUUCCAAGUAUACUGCCCUAUUUUUAGUACUUUAGACCACAUUUCCGUACACAAUUUUAACCGCUUACCCCAAUUGGUUCUUCUUCUCCCUAUGUUCUUUCUUUGCUGAUUGACCGGUUCAAAGAGCAGGGAAAUAAGAAUGCUUGAUAGGGAACCACAUUUUAAAUACAUUAAAAUUUUUAUUUUUCAGAUCUCAUAAACACACUUUUAUUACAUAUAUGGGAUUAGUAAACCUAAUAAUCAAGUCCUGUAAUGUAUUUUGUCACAAUUUAUCAAGGUAUGUAAGUAAUUCAAAUUGCUGCUUAGGUUAGAGGUUUGAUGGUUUGUUCAUCUAUACAUUUCUUAACGGUACAUGCAUCACUUGACAAUUAUUUUUUAAACCAGCACGCAAACACUUUUUUUUUUUAAACAAAUAUAAAAACCAUUAAAAAAAGCCCCCCAAAACACCUGAAAUGUAUAUAAUAAACAUAAAUUUAGUAAGAUUGCAUUGUUGGACACAACUCAGCUUGGGGAAUUUCUGCAGCCUGCAUGCCUCUCCUUCCCAAUUUCAGACCGGUCAACUAAUGACAGAACCAGUGCAUCAUUGUACAGCAGCAGGAGAUAAACCAGGCACAGAAGCCUGCUCUGCAGGAAUGACUCUGAUCAGACACCCUCUCUUCUUCCCCCUGUCAGGAUGUGGCAAGGUAAAGAUAUCUUCCAACUGCACAUGUGUAAAUCUGUCAGUCAGUGCCCUGACAUUAUUUUUAGGAAUAUCACACUGGUUAGAUCAUUGUACCUCCUGUAGUAGGUGUGGAAUGCAAAAGAAAGAAGGAUCAGUCAAAGUGAGGCAACUGUGUGUGUGUAUGUGUGUAUGUAUAUAUGUAUGUGUGUGUGUAUAUGUAUGUAUAUAUAUAUGUAUGUAUAUAUAUAUAUAUAUAUAUAUAUAUAUAUAUAUAUAUAUAUAUAUAUAUAUAUAUAUAUAUAUAUAUAUAUAUAUAUAUAUAAUUUUUUUUAUUUUAUUUUUUUUAUAUAUAACAGAUAAAGCUUUUGAAUGACUGUCUCAAAGUGAUGCAUGUCCCUUUAACUUAGAUAUGAAUGAUUAGGCAUUUUCCCAGAGAAUGAAAUAGUGCUGUGUUACAGAAAUCUGAUCUGCAUAUUUGGAAUGGUGUAAGGUCGUUGAGUUUGGUGUGUUUUUUUUUUCUUCUUCUUCUUCUUCUCUACAGCAAGUCUGAGGUAAAGCGUCAAAAAAAAUUAGAAACCAUGAGGGUUAUGUAUAAGUGUUUUCUGGAAAAAAAUGUUGUAAUGUAUUAAAAGUGGACAAUCACCAUGGAAACAAAUGAAACCAGCAAGCUCAUUCCAUUGGUGACUUCACACAUUUUACAUCUUUAGACCACUUUUUAGAACAUUACACAAUUAUACACAACUACCUACUUGUGUGAUAAUUGAAACUCACUGUAACUUUUGAGGAUUAUUUACUAAAUCCCAAAUUGUAGUAGAUGAAAACAGAUUGGCCAAAUUUAGAUUUAAAUGGCUGAUAACGAAUGUCUUUAAAUAAAAUCAGAUCUUAGCUAAAUUUUAGCCUUAAAUUUUGCUAUAACUUUCACAUUUCUUUUUUUUUUUUUUUUUUUUUUUACAGCAAUGUUUAGUGAAGUAAUCCAAUCUGUUUAUUGCUUGUUAAAUGUCGGUCCAAUAUAAAAUAACUUUAAUAUGUGCAUAUAACUUGCUGAUUAUUUGGAUCAUUGUGGUACUCUGAAUUUCUGUUCAGAAAGGUUAACAAACCAUUGUCUGGAAAUCUAACAAUGUGGAAUUCUCCACCGUGGCCCUGGAUAGAUGUGUAUAAUGUUGCCAUAUCUCCUCUGAUGUGCAGUUUUUCUAAACUAAAAAGAUUUAAGUUAAUCCUUCUUGACCCUAGAAUGGCAGUAACAGGGGUUUGCCUUCUAUUUGAUAAACAGCAAAAACCAUAUGUGAGGAAGGUGGAACUUGACGGACAUGUCUCUUUCAGCCUAUGUAACUAUCAAAAUCAGUCCCAUGAAGUGACUUUUAACAAUGGUUUAGUUUCUGAGAAGUUUAGUUUCCAAUCCACAAGUCUUUUAAUAUAUAUAUAUUCGGUGGUUGAAAUCUUUCCCUGUAGUCUCGCUGCAUGCAACUUCACAUUGUAAAUUUCAUAAUUCUUGCAGUGUGUGCAUUGUUUUGUAUGAUGCAGAGUAGCUUCUGUGCAGCUCUCUUGCUUAAGUAGCAAAAGCCUUCUUGUACUGUAUACCUAGCUUCACCAUUUCCUCUAAACCUCAAGAACCAGGUUAAGGUUAAACCAAUGGGGGAUGUGUGUUUUUUUUUUCUCUCAUAAGCACACCUUGUGGGGAUAUUUAUGGGAUAAUAAUAGUAACAGUGAGAAUUGCCCACUAAUACAAUUCUCAGAUCCCAAAGAACGUUUAUCGUGUUAAGUGGAAAGUAUUUCAUAUAAAUAAUCACAAUGUAUAAAAAUAGAUUUUAUUUAUGAUAACCAAUAAUUAACAAAUAAUAUUAUGUAACAUGCAUGACAAUAAUCAAUGAAUAUCCAGUAUAAAAUUAUAUGCAAUACAAAGGAAUGGGUAUUACGUUUCAAUGGCUAACUAGCAUUUUCUGUCAAGAAUUCUGACGAUUUAUGACUAGCUUCCACAGACUGAAAGUGACACUUUUCAGUGCGAAGAACAGAAUUCCUCAGAGUACAGCGUAAGGUCGUAAAGUUUAGCAGACAGUUAGAAUAACCCUUUCAAUGCUGGCUAGAUCUCCUAGGUAGUUAAGAUCUAUUCUUAUGUAAUUUUUAAAUAAAAUAACAUUUAAACCAGUUUAAAUUCAUUUUCUUAAAUCAUCCAAUAAGAGAAUCUACAUAUUAUAUAAGCAGAUUUUAAUUUGUCUAAAAGAUAUCUAUCUUAAUUUAGAGCAAAUCAAUACACCUGGAUAAAAACAGCGGUAUGCUAACACGUGAUAAUAUCACAUCAAUAUAUAAUUAUUCUUAAUUCCACCUGCAGAAUGGAAUGUUUAUAACUAUAUAUUCUUAGUUAACUAAGAUUUCUUAAUAUGGAAAUCUGACCGUGCUUUAUCCAGUCAUAUAUAAUGCUAUUAAUAUUUUAAUUUUUAAUUAAUUAAAUGAAACCAGUAUAAUUACCAGUUGAGUAGAUAUUUCAUCCGAUUGGUAGUCUCUCUGCAUGGAGGUGUUGGUUAGAAAGUCAGUAAAUUCUAAGUGUUAGAGUUUUAGGAGUAGAGUGUUAGUCUCAGAUGUUGUCCGAGUUGGAAUCCCCAAACUUCCAAUUCCUCUCUCCUCUCCUUUGCAUAUCUUGCAUCUGCCUCCUCUCUCGUAUCUCCCUAUCUUCCCUUUGUCUUAACUUUUAAAGGGCCAGACUCUCUGUACGUCAUCAGUUGAUAACCCAAUAGAAGCACUAGAGGUGUGGUUAUCUUCCAGAUCGCAAAUUAGUUAUUUGGUCUGUAGAGGGCAGUCUUGUCCCACUAAACAUACCUAUCCAGGAAAGAGUUAACUUUUCCUGGUGGCUAUUUUGACGUCAUUUUGGCCUAUCUAGAUAGUGGCUAUAACUUACGUAUCCUUCAAAGAUCAAAGGGGUUCUUAAAUUUUGUCCAGACUAUGUGUCUGCAAAUCUGCUAUAAUUUCUGAUAUGACAGAUCAUGAACUAAGUUUACCCUUUUCCAUACAAUGGUACCUUAUAUGUAUAGACAGUUAAAUAUUAAAUUUAAUCUUCUCUGUCACAAUUGUCUGGGUUUAGGUUUGAUUAUAUUCCAUUAGCAUUAGACAGUCUGUCCAACCCCCUUCCUUAUCACUUGGCUUGUAUAUACUAUGCAUUCCUCAGCUCUGGGAAAGUGGUUAGCUUACAGAUAGAAAUAUAGUGUCUUUCUGUUAACUUGAAAUAACAAAAUGGAGUCUGGUCUGUUCAGAGUGACUCAGAAUAUACACUUUUAGUUUCUAUCAUAGCACAAAAUGUCUGCCAAUAUAAAUACUCUGACAACCUCUCACAUUGCUUAAUAAACCAAACAGACAUGUUUUAAUUUUAAAUAUGUACGUAUUUAUUGGAUGUUAUUCCAGCUUCCUUUUUAUGUUCUAAAUAAAUGUAGUAGAAUAAAUGUUACAUUUGUUUGUUUUAUUCUGAGCGUUAAAGUAGCAGUGUCACUUUUUAAAGUAUGUAUACUGUGUAGGAAUUCCAAUAAAUUUCAACUCCAUCAGACCAUACACAAGACAAAAUUAAGAACACUUUUCAUUAUACACAAGACAUAUUUUGCAAAAGGUGGAACUUCAUAGAGCUUAUGCCUGGGUAUCUUCAUUGCGAGAUCUAGAUUGUGCUUCUUUCUGACUCUUAACAUAUAGUCCUCAUUUGCAAGGACUUAUGGUAUGUUCUUCACAUACAUUAGUAGAUCCAUGUAGAUACCAUACGCUUGCUGGAACCUAUAUAUCUCCAUCUUGUAGUAAUUGGUCAUGCUUAAGUUUACUAUUGAUGUGGUUUCGUCUUCCAGGAGCUGAAAAGAAGAUUGUCACAACAACCAAGAAGAGCUUCAAGCAUGUAAAUGUGCCACAAUGCAGGCAUGCUACCUUGGUGGAUCUUUGCAAACAAAUACAAAGACACCACAAGUGACUUUACCACUUAAAUAAACAAAACAGGCACAUUUCAUAAAUAAGUAUUUGGUUAUGGGAAGUUAUUCAAUUUCCUUCACCUGUUCAAUCACUGUCAGCAAGUGCGUGUAAACCAAUUUAACCAGCAGGGCUUCAUAAACAUGGGGUCAAUGAAGGUGCAUAUGUCACUUUGGAUACCAUGCUCAAGCAUGCAUACAUUUAUACGGCAUUAUCAGACCAGAUGUUUGAGUGCCAUUGGAGCUUCAUGAAGUAAUCAACGAUGUGCAAAUUAGGUGUGUUUGCAUAUUUACCUGCUGGGGGUUUGAAAUUGACAAACUGUCUCAAUUGGUUAAGUGAUCGUUCUGCUUUAAUAGAGUAUAAUAAUGAUCAAAAUGUUUACAAGCAUGGGACUUGUAUUCAUAAAUACUUUCUUUAUUCUUUGUACACUAAUAUGGUGUAGAAGUUAGCAGGUCAACCUUUGCUCUCCCAAAUUUCAUAGGUCUGUUGAUCUAGUAUUGGUUUGUUCUCCCUUUUUUUUUUUUCUUCAGAGGCCAGGAUAGCUUAAAUGUUAACUUGUUAAAUGAUGUUUGAUUUAGAAAGCUAACAUCCACUAGGAUGGCAUGGGAUAGUUUGUAUAAAACAAAGCAGCCUGCCCCCUUGUGUGCACUUACCUGCAGGCUCCUACUAUGACUGGUGUAAGAUGUGAAUUCAUUUUAUGCUCUUUCCUUUGUUUUCCCCUAAGUUUUUAUUAAUUUAACUGUAAUUUUAACAAGAAGAGGGACAGACAACAAACACAAAAGAGUGUGUAAGUAAAACUUGUUGCUGCAGUAAAGUUGAAAGAAUAAUGGUAAAAUAGAGGAAUGGCAAACUGUGGAAGAAACACCUGUGAGAAGAGGGGGAAAAAAAAGAUGAAUAAAUGAAAAAUUAGAAUCAGACUCUCCAAAGUAAAGCGGAAAGCCAUUUGUCAUUAACAGAUGGCUGUUCAUCAACCAGUUCCCCACCCAUUUGCCUCUAUUGCGCUCAACAUUUCACUAGGUUUCUGGGCACUACAGACUGCAAAGCACUUUAGCCAGGGGUCUUGAGUUUAUAGAAAGAGCCAGAGAUGUUAUGAAAGAUAGCAGUAAUUUUUUUUUUUUUUUGUCUGCUGGGUGUCCCUUGUGUUGAUUGGCCAUGUCCAUUCUUAAAUUGGCACAAAUGUGCCACAUCAGCUUAUUAGGUUAGCUGAAUGGACUAGAUGUCUGGGUUCAAAGGCCUGUACUAGUUGGGUAAAAUUACAACUCUGCCAUGUGGAUGCAGGUCCCCUAAUAAAAUUACAUUCUUGGUAAUUCUUCUGAAAUUAUUCUUGCAUCUUGUUGGAGUGGCCACCACUAUUGAAGUGUUUGCUUGUGUUAGGAGUGCAGUUGUGGUAAGUCAAAAGAGACCCUGGUGCACUUACAUGUCCUAGGUGAAGCACACUCUUCAGUUAUCUGGUAUACUGUGGCUGUGUAUGGACAGUCAGAUAAUGUAAAUUUAAAGAAAAAAAUAAUGCUGAAUACAAAUCCAUCUAUCAUACUCACAAGGCUACAUUUUCACUCGCUAGUUGAAAUUUUGAGCCAUGUAUAUAGCACAGCCCACAGCUAACUUUUAUUUAGCUAUUGGAUUGUGGAAAACUACAGAGUUUACAUUUUCACUGUAUUGUCUGCAAGUAAUGCAGGGAUCUGUGGGUGGAUUAGCAUAUCCUAAAACAAUGCUUUUUAUAUUUCCUGUGGACACUUUAAAGGACAUGUGAUGGUAUGCAUCACAGUAGCAUCCACAUGAAUGUCAGGUUUCCAAGGUUUCCCAGCAAAACCUUGCCCAAAGCACAACACUGCCUCCAUCUGUCUGCUUUCUUCCCAUAGUGCAUACCGCUGCCAUCUCUUCCCCAGAUAAACCACACACACACAACGGUCAAGUCUUGGUUCCACACGUGCAUCAGUGAGCCCUAGGCGCCCAUGACCCUGACGCCGGUUAUCCUUCCUUGCACUGCUUUUGGUAGGUAAUAACCACUACAUAAUGGGAACACGCCACAAGACUUGCCGUUUUGGCGAUGAUCAGACCCAGUCAUCUAGGCCUUUGUCAAAGUCACUCAGAUCUUUUCACUUGCCCAUUGUUCCUGCUUCCAACACAUGAAAUUCAAGAACUAACUGUACAGUUACUGCCUUAUAUAUCCCACCUCUUGACAGGUGCCAUUGUAACAACAUAAUCUUUAUUCGUUUCACCUGUCUCUGGUUUUAAUGUUGUGGCUGAUUACUGUAUCUGUACUUUAUUUCAGCUGGAGGAUGGAUCUAGCCUCCUGUUGCCAUAAUGAAGCAUGAGUCUGUAUUAAACUCCGUGGUCCUUUUGUUUUAAUGAAGCUCUAUGUAUAUCCCUGGAGUUUCUCCAUCCUGAAUCUGGAUGUAAAACCCCAAAUCUCAUAAUUUUGCAUUCUAUCCCUGCAUCUUCAAAAAAAGAUUUCCACAGAAACCAUACUCACUCAAGGACGACACACAAGUUGCUUUUUGAGGUUGGCACUACCUACAUUAUCAUUUAGAAAUGGCAAGGAAGAUCUUGGCAAAGAAGAUCUCAGUGUCACACAGCUUUAAUGGAACAUUAUAUACAAUAAAAGAACCAGCAUGUUUCUACCUCAAACUUGACAAAGACCUCUGUGUGAGGUCAAAACAAUGCUGUUUUUGUUUUGUUUUUAAAUCUACGUGUCUAAUGGACUAAAGUGGCAGUCCAGCCUACUUCUCCGUCAUGCUUGUUCUAUCACAAAAUAAAUUUAAAUUAGCUGUUCGAUUCAUUUGGGGACCCUGCUUAGACCUGAACAUUGAAAAAACUCUGGCUUCCGUUUUACCAAUCAGAUUUAAUUUGCAAAAAUUGAGAGUUCCUGCCUCAUAGUGUUUGUGGUGGCUAGGUAAUGUGUGUGUUUAUUUGUGAGUGAGUUGUGUGCUGGCUGUGUACAAAAUGGGGAUUUGUUUCCUGUAUAUAGGUGUGUGGUAUGUUGCUGAGGCACUGAUGCAGCAGGCCUGCUGCCUGUCUGUGGCAAUGCUAAAGAACAAAAAUAAACUGCCUGCCCAGGCAUCAGGCAGUAUAAAUUUCAAGUCCCUACCAAAUCUCUGCUGCUUGAUUUGUAAUUUAUUUAUAUUUCUUCCUAAAGUUUAUAGUAACAAUGUUUUUCAAAAGUCUACUGAGGGCCUGUUAUUAUAGUAAAAAGGAGGUGGCCUCUUGGAAAUACUUUAUACUGACCAACAAAUAUUGCUGGUUAAAAGAAAUUUGCAAGAUAGUCUCAUUUACUCCAAGGCAAGAAGGGAUGUGGAUACUUUACUUUCAGUAAACCUUUUGUUAUGGUCUUGCACACAGACUUAUGGAACAAUUCUAGUUGGGAAAAUUCAAAUAGCUGCAGUCAAAUCUUUUAAAAUGUGAAGGUGUAUCGUAUUAUUGUGGUUAUGGUGCAAAGGCUCUACGAGUGCAGUCCUUCUGGGUUUUUGCCAGACAUUUUUCAAUAAAAUUUGACCAAAUACAAUGUGUAAUAGCACUCAGAGCCCACACCCCACCUUCCUCAUUAUAUGUCCAAAAUAUCUGUGCAGGUAAGCAGACUUUGACUGCAAUAAAUCUCUGUUAAACCCUUCAGCAUCCAUGAAUUAACUCAGGCUUCUGUAUUACAGGGAAUUUGUGUUCUUUUUGUGUGGGCAAAAGAUAAUCACAAUUGUUCACAUCAGUAGUUGCAAUUGGCUAGUUUUUCCCCCAGAAUUAUUGGGAGUAUAUAACUUAAGCAAAAUGGGACAGAGGACAAUGCAUGUUCACUUGAAAUCAUUCCCUAUGUAGAUAUGAUGAGGCUACGAAUGACAAGAGAUGUGGGUAGGAUUUGGACAGAAUGAGGGGAAAGGUUAAAGACCUUACUUAUGGCUUACGUUUUGUUCUAGAUUUGGACAUUGGUAAUAGGCUACGCUCUAGCAGUGUCAUUCAAGUGGAAUCCAGGAACCCAGCGUUAUCUCACAGCAAUAUCAAUACCUGUCUGGCUCAUACUGCUUUUUCAUUUAGGUAAGCACCAUUUAUGCUCUAUCAAUAUUUUAUUUUUAACUUUUCCCAUAAUUUAUUUGGAUGUUUCAUAACAAACAAUAUACAACUAACCUAUACAAAACUUAUGUCAAGGCACCAUUUUGUCCAGUGUCAAUGCCUGCAUACCCUGCUCAUUGCCACUCGAGUUGUUCUCCUUCACCAUAGAGCUAUGUUGUGAAUACACACACAGAGCACUGUUUUUUCUCUGCUCAGAGUGCUUACAUUACUCUGGUUAACUAACUGAAAAAUUAAGUGUUGUGAAAAUUACAAAAUUAAACAGGUAAGUUUCCAGGCGUACUUUCCUAGCACUGUGACCUUUACAGUAAUCUAUAAAAGUUAUGGCAUUUGGAGUGUCCAUUUAACAUUUAGUUUCACAAUAAAGUAGACUUGAAAGGAACAGCAAUAUAUUCUGGUUGAAAAAUAUGGGGAGGAAGUAUGUGAUAGAGCAGGUGUAGGCAACCUCCAAAUGUUGUGGACUAGAUCUCACAUGAUGGUCUUCUAGCCAUAAUCUUUUCAAAGCACCAUGGGAUAUGUAGUCCAGUGAUGAUAUUUGCGGGGUAAUCAAUAUUACAAAUAAUAUAUUAUUAAAUUAAGUUGUGAAACAUUUUUUAUAUUUUUUUUAUUAAAAUACAAAAAAAUUACAUUUUGACAUUGUUUCUCUUCAGUUGAUUUAAAGCUGAGAUUUACCCACUAUUUUAACUCUUACAGACCCUGGAGUACAUUUAUUAGAGGACUUGUAUUCCACACAUUAAUCACAACCGAUUAUAAAAACAUAAUUUAUUGUGACAAUAAUGAAUAAUAUGUAACAUGCAUGACAAUAAUCAUUGAAUAUUUAGGUAUAACAAUAGUAUAAACAUGGCAACAAUUAUGGCACAGUAAGUACAACUAAAGAUAAUUUCUAAAUCGCUUAAGGAUGAUGAGAUUGUUGUUCUACAUAGAAAUUAUCAAUAGAUCAGGAUACUUAGCAAGUAGUAGUACAGGUUUUCAAGAUAUAUGAAUAUCAGCUUAUUAGCAACAUAAAGUUAGAUUAAUUUCUAAAGGAGUUACAGACAAAAGUUACAAUGCUUAUUCUAGAAUUUAAUUAAGUUAUUUAAACAUAGAUGCAUACUUCAACAAUGUUACAGGAAACCUUCAGAAUGCUACUUUAGAAUUCCUUUACACCCAGAAUGUAACACAGAGCUUGCAACUUAAAGUCGUAAAAACUAGAUACUGACAGGCAGAAUCACACAGAGAAUCAACUCACUAACUGCUGGCUACAAUUCUUACAUACUAAACACUUAAACUUUGCAAAUUAAAAUAUACAGUGUUUCUCACUCAAUAGUCAGCUUAAGUAUUUUCUUUUCCAUCCAGUAACCAGAAGAACAUAUCUAACAUAGCUUAAAUGCUGCAGAUAAAUAACUUUUGUGAUUAAAGAUUGACUAUCUCUAAAUUCAGAUAGCUCAAUAUAUCUGGGUAAUAGCUUGAUAUGCUAAACUUGGCAAUUUACUUGCGAUUUUAUAUGAUUCUCUUUCAGCUGCUGAAUGAAUGUUGAAUGAUAUAAAAUCCCUCGGCUAAAUAUGAUUUCAAAAGUUUGAAAUCUUAUCAGCAUUAUCCAGAUAUAUGUCUGCUUUUAGUAAAAUUAAUUAAAUGACAUCAGCAUAUUUACCCGCUUGCUUGGUAGAAAAUUCUUUAGGCUUAAAGAUCUAAUCCCAUGAAUGGUGAAUGUGAGUAGUGUUUAGAUCAGUGGUAGUCAACCUUUUUCUACCUACUGCCCACUAAUGCAUCUUUCUUGAUGGAAACGUUUCCUUACUGCCCACCAGUUUUCACGCAAGUGCAGACUAUUUUUUAGAAAGGAGGGUGUUUUAAAAAAUAAAUAAAUAAAUGUAUGUACAUUUUAUCUUUUUAUUUCUACUUUAUGCAUGUUUAAUGUUUUUAACUUUAUAAAGUUUAAUGAGAAAGCAAUAAAGUAAAUUGAAAUUACAUUUACUAGUGAUUAAUGAGAGCCUUGAGGUUGAUGCUGCGAGACUGAAUAUUUGAUAUCUGGUUCGAUUUUCGUAAGGAACAAACAAAGGUCUACUCUUUCGGUGAUAUUCAGACGAUUUCUCUGUUUGCUCAUAAUGAUUUCUCAUCUGUGCAUCAGCUCCCCUCCUCUCCCUCCUCAAUUCCCCAUCCCACCUUUUUUUCUAUUUUUUUUUAACCUUCUUUAUAGAAAUGCCCAGUAGGAAGGCUGAGCUAGGUAGCCCACUUACUAUUAUUAGCUAACAACAAUUCUCUCCUUUUCUUUCUUUCUCCUUUUUUACAAGUACUCUACUCCUUCUUUCUCCUAUUCUACAAGUACUCUGCACCUUCUUUCUCCUUUUUACAAAUACUCUGUUCCUUCUCUUUUCUAUUCACACACUCCCAAACACUCACACAUACACUUACAGACACACACACACUCACAAAGAAACACAGACACUCUCACAUACAGAUACACAUAUACUUAGACACACACACACACAUAUACUUACAUACACACAUCUACUUACAGACACAUACACACAUCUACUUACAGACACACACACAUACACACAAAUUAUUAGUAUUAAAUGUCCACCCAGCCUCCCUACCUAGAGAGCUGGUGUGGAUCUGUCCCUGGGGUCCAGUGGGGCUUCACUUCUGCGGGCGGCUGUGUGCUAAUCAGACGUGGCGAGGGAGCUAUAACCUCUCUGCUCCCUCGCGGGCUGUCUAAUGAUGCAGGGAGCCGGAAUAUGACGUCAUAUUCCGGCUCCCGCGGCAUCAGCAAACAUCGCACGAGGGAGCAUGCCGGGGGGUCCAGAAGGUGGCCUGGCAAGAGGGAGCACUUCCCUCCUGCCGGUCACUGAAAACUUGCGCCCGCCUAAAAGGUGAAAUCCUCUCAAAAAGAGCAGCCGAAAUCCCUACCGCCCACAUGGAAUCCUGAAACGCCCACUAGUGGGCGGUAGGGACCAGGUUGACUACCCAUGGUUUAGAUAGAGAAAUCGAGUACAAUUAUAGAAUUGUUCUGUUCUGGCUAGCAAAGAAAUUUAACCAAUUCCCAGAAUUUAGUUGGAAAGACACGCAGCGCAUGUGUGGAAAGAGUGUUAGGUGUGUCCAGAGUGUGUUCCUUUGUCUGGUCUGAUCUGAUGCUUUGAUGAUCUCCUGAAUCUUACAUCCCACCUUCUGGAUCUGACCUUGGAUUUUUAAAUUUUUUUUUUUUUUUUUUAACCGUGUCAUGUUCUCAUUUUUAAAGAAUUACCUAUCUUGAAUUUCUGUACGUCAUCAAUUUAAAGUGACCAAGUGGGAUUGUCUUAUAGACAUUAAUCAGUAGAUGGCAUUGUUGCAUCGCAAUACAUUUAAUUUCUUAUUUCAAUUACCACUUUUAUAAAGGGUUAAUUGAAUUUUGUGAUGCAAAUGAUGUCACAUUGUUUUAUCUUUAUGGGUACCUCAGCAUGGCUGGCUGUCAAACUUCAAAGGGUUCUUUUUGGUAGACCACCAGUCUCCUUUUCAUGCCAUGAAGUAUCUUUUUGACGCAUCUGGACUUUAGUUCAACUCACUCUUACAGUAGGGUCUUGUAAAAGUCCAGCUGAAUUUGCAAAGUAAAAUUAAUUACUUGUAGGGAAUAUCUUUUUGAUUCUAAUCUGUCUGUUUUUCUCAGUUACACUGUCUUAUUGUAUGAGCGGAGUAUGUAUGUAUGUAUGUAUUAAUGUAGAUACUAUUUGUAUAUAAUUGAACACAACGUGUGUGUGUGUGUGUGUGUGUGUGUGUGUGUGUGUGUGUGUGUGUGUGUGUGUGUAUAUAUAUAUAUAUAUAUAUAUAUAUAUAUAUAUAUAUAUAUAUAUAUAUAUAUAUAUAUAUAUAUAUAUAUAUAUAUAUAUAUAUAUAUAUAUAUAAUAUGCUCCCAAUCCCCCUUGUUCCAAAUACUUUGGUUUCUUUUUUUUUCUUUUUUUUCUUUUUUAUGUAUUCCAAGGCAGAACAUUACACUGACACCAUGAUGCAUCAAAACAUUGUAAUAUAUUGUUACAUCAUGCAUGACAGAAUUUUGUCGUAUUUUCAAUAACAGUAAGCCAACAUUCUUUGCACACCUUUAUUGCACCAUUGUAACAUGAAGUGUAUGUAUCAUACAGUACAGCACGGUAUCUCUGUCCUCCCUGGUAGAUUUUUAAUUUACAAGAAAAAUAUAAAAGAAAAAUAUAAAAAACCUAAAAAGGCUAAGACUGCCAAACAAACAUUUCUUUAAUCAAUAGAACAUGCCCCAUCCAUUCCCAUGUGUUUAUGCACAGGCCCUAUAUAUCUUUUUCCGCGAGCUCUAUCGAAUUACUAUCCUUUUGCACCUGUUAUCGUCUGUCCACAUCCUUUAGCAGUGCCAGUUGUUUACACAUUGCAUGGCAAUGUUAGGUCAAUUGUGUAGAAUUCUCACAGACAAAAGUAAGAGAGAAGAAUAGAAGUAAGAGGGGUAAGUAUGAAGGUAGGAAGUGAUAGUACAGGGAAAGGGAGAGGUAAGUGGAAGGGGAGCAUGGAGGAAUCCAGGCCAACUGACAUCCACUCCAUCCAAGCCUGCCCAAGGGAGUCUCACUUGUGUGUAUAUCACGCACUUGCUGCGCUAGCUACCCAAGGGCCCCAAAUUUGUUCAAACUUUUUCAUUGUACCUCGAACCCGGGCUGUUAGGUCAUCCGUCAAAUAAUUAUCUUUAAUUUUCCGAAUCACCGUGGUGAUUUCUGGGGCCUCUCUUCGCAACCAUACCUGUGCCAAAGCUCUCCUAGCGGCUAGGUUCACCUUAUGUAAUAGGGUCAGUUCAGAUUUCAUCCAGUUUUCUAUAGAUCUAGCUAACAAAAAUACCCAUGGGUCUAGCUUAACCUCCCUCUCAAAUAUUUCUUGCAGCAACUGCGCAAUUUGUUGCCAAUAAACUUUUGUGAUCGGGCAUUCCCACCACAUGUGAAUAUACGUGCCCUUGAGACCGCACCCCUACCAGCAUAAGUCUGUCGUAAAUUGAUUCAUACGGCUUAACUUUACUGGUGUAGCAUACCAUCGAAAUAGCGUCUUAUAUGAUUGUUCCUGUAAUGAGACGCACAUAGAGGACUGCGUGGCUGCUUCCUAUAUUUCCUGCCAUUCCACUCCCUCCAAUGUCUCUCCUAAUUCCGCCUCCCAUUGGUCUAUGUAUGUAAUACCUCCCCAUUCUAAAGUGCUAUUGCACAAAUGUGAGUAUAGACGUGAAAUCAGUCCGCUCGGGAACUGUUCCUUUGCGCACAUUCUUUCAAAGAAUGUCAUCUGUGUCUCUGCGGCUUUUUUAACCUGGCGGUCUUGGGCAUAGUCUCUAAUCUGGAGAUAUCUAAAAAAGUCAAAGGGUCGCAGAGGCGUUCUAGUUUGCAAAUCUUCAAACGUCACAAACGACCCCCCCUCGAACAGCUGUUGUAAUCUCUGCAGUCUUGCACGUUCUAUGCCUCUGAAAUCCCGGGCUGUUAUUCCUGGUAGGAAUGCUUCGUUCCUCAACAGAGGGGUCAAUGGAGAAGGGGAUGAUAUCAAGCCAUAUUUAGGAGCGGCUGCGUCCCAUAUCUUCAGUGAAUGGAAAAACCGCAGGGCAGGUUACGCUUAUGUUCGGUCUAUGCUCCUUAGGGGUCCACAUAAAAAAACUGGGGCAUAUCCAUCCCUAUAAGGGAUGCUUCUAGGUCCACCCAUCUCCUUUCCUCCGGUGGAGUGUGCCAGCUAGGCUGCCUCAUAAUAAAAAUAUAGGUGCGGAAGGCCCAGGCUGCCCCUGUCCCUAGCCCGGUAAAGAAUGUUGCGUGAGACCCUAUGUUUCUUAUUCUGCCAUAUAAAUUUGCCUAUGGUUUGUUGGAGCGGUCCCAAGUCAGAUCUGGUCACUCUAAUCGGGAGCGCCUGAAACAAAAACAAUAUUCGAGGUAGCACAUUAAUUUUCACGGAAUGGAUCCUCCCUAUCCAAGAAAUUGCCUUUUCUGUCCAGUUCUUCAAGUCUGUCAUCAAUGUCCUAAUCAGCAGGGUAUAAUUCUGUUGGAAUAAUUUAGAUGGGUCUGCUGUCAGUCGUAUGCCUAGAUAUUUAAUGUGAUCUCUUGUGAUUCUUAAUUUGUAGGUCAUCCCUAUGUAGGUGAUAUCCAUCUCUGACAUACCUAUGGGCAAUAUGCUGGACUUGUCCAUAUUUACCUUAUAUCCGGCCAGUUCUCCAAAUUCAAAUACUUUGGUUUCUAACAUUUAGUUCUAAGUGUAAGAUAUGCCUAAUCUCUUUGUUUACAUUAGCUGCAUUCCAAUCAGUUUGGUCAGGCAGUGAAUGGCUAAGAGAGAGAAAUGUGUCUGAGUUUUUACCUUCUGUUACAAAUUGAGUCACAUCUGCUAAGUACUGACUUUACAGUAUACAUUUUAUUUCAUUUACACAAUACCUCUGACAGUCCACAACAUCUGGAGUGCCAAAGGUUGCCUACCACUGUGAUAGAGGGAUGAGCAUCUCUAAUUGAAAUAGGUUUGCAUUGAUCUUCUAUUAACAACAUAAUUAAGAUUUUUUUAUCAUUGGAGUGCAUUAACCAAGGCAAUUCAUCUACAUUUUCUUCCAUCUUCUAGAAUUUGGUUGGGGAUUUUCAGGUAAUGAAUUUGGGGGCCCAAAUAUGUCUUGGUUGCCUGUCAUUAUUGUGAAAGUCGCCAAAGCAUAGUGCUGGAGCUGGGAUCAGAAUAAUAAACAAAAUCUUAUAUAACUUUGUACUUUAAUCACCACAUGUGGUGGAGGCAGUAACCGUACUGACAAGUUGAUGACAGCUGUCUGUUUACAGUAUAUAGCCCUCAAUGAAGUAGCCUGGGUUCAGUGGUCCUUUUUGUUUUAAACUGUUUUAGUAGAAACAACAUUGUUUACAUUGCAGUGUUAAAUUCUCCCCUGGUGGCUGUCUAGGUGUUAAACAAUUUGAAUUCCCCUCCAGCUAACCGUAAUGGCUUCAUUGAGAGUGGCAGAAUAAGGAACAAAAAAUCAAAGUAGGGAGGGCUGCAGGUGAGUAGUCUCCUGAGCUUAUAAGAAAAUAGGAAAGACGAUGUGGGAGAAUCAAGGAAGGGGGUGCUAAUCUUGUAUGCACAUGACUACUUAAAAGGUUACGCCAAGCUUCUUCGGUAAAUUAAAGUGGUCUUGGUGCUUGGAGUCUUUAUGUGCUGUGUUUCACUUUGAAAUGCUGCACAUACAGAGAUUAACUACUUGACUGCCAGAGGUGUAACUUCAACAAAGAUCUGGGCUGUCUGAUGCCAGCAUGCUGUCUUUCCAUGGAGCCCCUUGUCCUAACCCUUAGUUCAUUCUCCCUGAUCUGCCUCCGGCGUGGGACAGUGAUGUCAGUCAAGAAGGGUUGGACUAAGGGAGAACCUGAACUUGGCAAUGCAACUGAGAUAAGUUUGACAGGGUUAGUUACUAAAGUGAGAAUUCAGAGUGAAUUCAAAGUAAAUGUAACAUUUAAGGCCUAAGUAGCUGAAUGGAAGACAUAGAUUACAAAGACUUUUUCUUUUUUUCUUCAAGUUUGGCUGUUUUCACAUUAAAUUUGAAUUUACUUUAAAUUCAGCUUGCAUUCUCACUUUUGUGAAUAACCCUGUUCGUUUUUCUUUCAAUAUUUAUUUUUGUAAACUUGGGGGGAUGGGGGGGGGGGGACUACAAUCUUUUUUGAAAACUCUGCUCUUUGGUUAGGGUAACCCUUUAAAGGACCACUAUAGUGCCAGGAAAACUAUAGUGCCCUGAGGGUGCCCCCACCCUCAGGGUCCCCCUCCCGCCGGGCUCUGGGGAGAGGAAAGGGUUAAAAAAGCUCUCCGAUCCUCCUCCGAUCCUCCCUUUCGGCUGAAUGCGCACGUGCGGCAAGAGCUGCGCGCGCAUUCAGCCGGUCUCAUAGGAAAGCAUUUCACAGUGAGAAUCACGCAAGUGCCUCUAGCGGCUGUCAGUGAAACAGCCAAUAGAGGAUUUGGAGGCUGGAUUAACCCUAUUAUAAACAUAGCCGUUUCUCUGAAACUGCUAUGUUUAUAAAAAAAAAAAAAGGGGUUAACCCUAGCUGGACCUGGCACCCAGACCACUUCAUUAAGCUGAAGUGGUCUGGGUGCCCAGAGUGGUCCUUUAAUUAAGAGGAACAAUUAUCAAAAUAGCAGAACAUGUAGAAAGUUAGUGUAGAAUUGGAGUGAGGCCUCAGUCUUCAAAUGUGCAAAGCCAAGAUUGUUUGAGGCAGCUUUUAAAUUUUUGACUAAAUUAAUUUAGCAUGUUACAUCAUUAUGACAUAAUGGUUUUUACGUGAUUUUUUUUUUUUUUUUUUUUUUUAAGCAAAAUCAAAUGUUUGCCAUGUUUGUUUUUUUCUCAUUGAGUAUAUAAUGUGUGCAUGUAUUUAAUACAAAUCUAUAAUCUCACUUUAUCUGUUUCAGCAUCAGUUGCUGGCUCCUGGAAGAUUCCAGUGUUCCUGAUGAUUGUAUUUCUUAUGACAGUUGGUACAUUUCAAGAGAAAAGACAUGUGCAAGGAUCAACAGGUACAAGUUAGUUUGUCUAUUAAUCUAUUAGAGGCAAAUAGUGACAUUCUCAGUGAUAAAUAAGAACUUUUCUUCUGGUUGUGCAGAUAUAUGGCAGUCUUUAAGGUAUAUUUUAAAAAAGUGCCUUGGAGAUUGUGAUUAACCCCUUAAGGACCAAACUUCUGGAAUAAAAGGGAAUGUCGCUGUUUCUUUUCCCUGCAGUAAUUAUUAUUAUUUUUUUUCAAUUCUUUAUUUUUGGAGUUCAUGAAAAUUAUAACAAGUGGGCUUGUCAUGCCCCAACAGCAUUGACAAGCAUAUAACCAGACAUUUAUUAACAGUUGGUCAGCAUGGGGAUAAAUCAGCACAAUUUUUUUUUUUUAUAGCAACAUUUAUCGAUUUAGCAUUCCUAUCUAUUCAAUGCAUACUUGUUGGCAUGAGCUUUUCUGGACAUGCUGGGUAACAGAUUAUGGUCUAACAGAGAGUGGGCGCCUACUCCGAAACGGUGUUCUAGUGAGUAUGAGAUGCCUCUCUGUGUAAUUCCAAUUGAGGAAUUGUAAAAUAGAAGGAAUAAAACAAGCUUGGGUCAUGUAGCUAGUGUUUGCUGAACAUAUGUUAGUGUCUUGACAACGUGGGAGAUUCCUAAGUGAAUCAGCCCCUUCGCCAUGAUGUAGCACAUCAGUCACACUACGUAUACCGGUACAGUGUACUUCGGAGCGCGAUGUAUCAUGCUGGGUGUUCUCGGUGUGUGGCAAGGCUGGUACAGGCUGUAUCACAGGCUAGGUUUGUGCGAGUGCGUGCUAAUUGUGUAUAUACAGCACGGCAAAGCAGUGGGCCUAAGAAGCCACGGUCUCCAUCUCCCAACCUAUGGCGGUAUGUAGCAUGAGCAUGGGUCAGGCCCGGUGUCCCCAAGACAGGCAUAGUAGUGGGUGCAUGAGUGCGUGUAUGUCCCGCUGAGUUGGUACCUUUCUAUGCCAGUUCAAUGCCUUGUGUGUGUUUGCAGAGUGACUAAUACUUUCUGGUUACAGACAGAUCCCGUGUUGGCUAGCUGCUAGCUCGGUGCCCAUCCUCCGCUAACAUACAUAUUCACACCGUUUAACUUGUGGGAAAUGCUCAAGUCUCUAAGGCCUAGGUGUCAGAGUUCUCCAUGGACCUAAACAAAAGCAGGCAGGCAUGUUGAUUGUAGGGAUGUAGACCAGUUGCAGGUGUGUUCGCCGGCUGUCUGCACUUUUUGGCGUGCAAAGUCCUGGUUCAGCCUAUGCCCAAGCUCGGUAUCAGGCUUAGGGGGUGGUGCGUGGACAGGAGGCAGGUGUCAAGCAGUUCCUUCCCAUAGGCCCGGGCAUUCGUGAAGGCCUGCACCUUUUGGCUUCGUACCUGGUCACUCGCGUAGGAGGCCGAUGUCUUCCCCUGCAGGGUCCAGCUUUGGAUCCCAGUUUAUGUUCUCCGCCUGCAGCGUCGGGUCUUUAGUGGCGGAGGCUGGUGCUCUGGGAGUGCGUCCCCGGUGGCCUUCAGCCCGGGUGGGCCCAUCGCGUGGGGUUGUAGUGGUAUCGUGGGAAGAGUGCCCGGGAGGGUCCCGCUCAUCUCCUGCUCCUUUUCCAGCCACAGUUUCUCCGUAUCCGGUGCUUUAGGCACCUCUCGGUGGACAGUGGGUUUUUUCCAGGGGUUGUUGCACGUCUUUGCUCACACUGGCUCUGUUCUGUUUCCGCUCCAGAUUGUACUCGAGGCUGUUGGUAGGCAGCUAUCUUGGGGUGCACCCCUCAGUCCGUGACACCCGCGGUUACAGCGGGACAGGUGUUAAAGCGUGGCCGUGUGUGGCGGUGGUCGGCCGUGGGGACCGGGAUGACCCCUGCUGGUCCAGGGGGGGGAAGGCAGCAAAGCGCCGGUCAGAGAACUGGGGGAGCGGCCGUCUCGCCCCAGCUCAAGCUUUCCUAGGCCUCAAUCGGGUUACAUUGAUGCCGGUCAAUAUCCUGAAGGGUAUCCCCGUGUUCUCCGCCUGCUAGUGAGUAGUUUGAGCACUGCUUUGGGGUUGUAUCUGAUUGCGGCUCGCAGUUAGCUCCAAUAUUCCGGCUUAGAUGCAGGAGCUCAGACGAUGCACGUCUGAUCCGAUCGGCGUUCAGGCUCCGCGCCCCCCUGCCGUAAUAUUUUAUUGUUAAUUUCAGUUUUUUUUAGUUCUAGAUAUACUUCAAAUAUAUUUUCCUAUUUCCUUUUUAGAAAUAUGCAUCUCACAUUUGUGCAUUUAUUACAUCUUUGUUUUUUUCUCUCUUUCCUCUCUUGCUUUUUUAGGGACUGCACUACCUGGUCAAAUGAUUACUAUAGCUGCUUCAACCAUUGCUAUGGCAAUAUCAAUUACUGGAUUUGAAGAACACCAGGAGCAGCUUGCAGGAGUACACAAUGCUGGUAAUUAAUAGCUGCAUUGAUCUGUAAUUGUGAAUCCAUGCUGGCAAACCGUUAAAAUAAAGAAACACCUGCUACACCAACACUAUUUUAUUUAUGCUUUUUGUACAUUUCUUGUUCUUAUUAUUCAUUUACACACACUGUGAUUAUUGAACAUUGUGAGUAUACAUGUUUUGUUAGAGAAGGCUACUUUAGAACCAAGUUUUGGGGAAGGUGGCUAAAUUUUCUUAUGUAUUUCAGUCACUAUUGGACCUGCUGCAAAUAAGUAUAUAAAGCAAAGUAUGAAUUUUUCUUUAAUUUGUUUUAUUUGAUGCAUUCCCUCAAUAACUAUAGCUUAAUGUAGUAUUUGGCUCACACCGUUUACAUGUGCCUUGCUGUCCUCAUUUUCUCCUCUCUACUGCUUUCUAGCUCAGUGUUCCAUUUUCUAUGAAAUAUAUUUGUGGUUCCAAAUAGUACAGGGAAUGACAAACAAAAUGCAGGCAAGGUUAAGAACCAAAUGUGAGGUUCUAUUUAUGUUAUUAAUUCUCAUCAUUAUUGAGUUUUUGUUGUACACCAUAGGGCUGUACAACUUUUGUGCCACGUGCAUAGAGAGAAAAAAUUGAAAAUGUCUUUUUGUUUUGGGAAUAUUUCUAAGAAUCACAGGGCAAAGCCACAUGUCUGUGGUACCCAUGCAAGAAUAAGAGUUUUCAAAAAUUAUUUGACCCACUAGCACCAUGAUGAUUAUUACAGAGCAGUACAGUGGAUAUGAUGCUUUACAUUCUCCUUUGAGGAGGUACAAACAGACUCCAUAUCAAAUUGAACAGAUUAUUUAACCAAUGACUGGGGGUGGGGUGGCUAUGUACUAAAGAACACAUCAACUGAACCAUAAAUCUUGCUGUUACUAAUAACAUUUUAAGAUACAGCAAGUUACAGACUUACCUGUAAGUAAACAUGUUUGACACAAAUGUGUUAAUCCAUUGGUUACCAAGGCACCCUUAAUAUUUCUAUUUUUUUCCAACGCGCCCCAAGUAAAAAAAAAUUCUAGGUUGUAUACAUGUACAGCGCUCUGGCAUAUACAGGGCCCCUGUAACAAUCCAGGCACAAUAACCACUACAGCAUGCUGUAGUGGUUAUGGUGCCAGGAGUGCCGUGGUGCCCUCCUAGAGUAAGUAGUCAAGCUGUUUAAGAACAGUUUGACAAUUUACUUGUGGUCUUCCAGGAUAGGGGCUGUAGUAGGGGAUAGUGGCAUUGGUGUGUGACGGGCACAGUGUGUGUACAGGGGUGCAUUGUGUUUGUGAAGGAUGUAGUAUGUGUGUGUGUGUGUGUGUGAGGGGUGCAUUGUGUCUGUGUGUGUGUGUGUGUGUGUUAGGGGUAGAUUAGUAGAAUCAUUACCUUCAGGCUUUUUGCUGUAAACACUGUGUGUCUGUGUAUGUCUGUCAGUGUGUCUGUGUUUAUAUCGGUCAGUGUGUGUGUAUAUAUGUCUCAGUGUGUCUGUGUUUAUGUAUGUCUAACGGUGUGUACCUGUCUAUCUGAAUGUGUAUCAGUUUGUGUAUAUUUGUAUCUGUGUAUCUGCAUGUGUGUCAGUGUGUAUCUUCGUGUUUGUGUAUCACAGCGUGUGUGUGUGGCAGUGUAUGUGUAUAUGUGCAUACAUCUCCGCAUUCAAACACCAACAAUACACACCUGCAUGCAAGCUUCAACACUACAUACAAACACACCCCUGCAUUCAAAUGUCAACACUACAUACAAACAUACCUCUGAAUGAGACACUAAAAUUAUAUAUAAACACACCCCUGCAUUCAAAAACCAACACUACACAUAAAUGCAUGCUUGCAUUCAAACGCAAACACUACAUACAAACACAUCCGUACAUUCACUCAAACAUACUCCAUACAAACACAUGGUUACAGUCAAACACACAAAUACUGCUCGUUGCUAAAUACAAUCCUGCAAGCAAGGGGAAUCGGGAGAGCCCCAGCUUUCAAAGCAUUGUUGAAGUUUCACGACAGAUGGGGAUCUAUCUUUUAGCCACCCUGUGUACAUACACAGACAGUCAUACACAGACAGUCAUACAGAGACAUACAGUCUGUAUGUCUCUUAUGACUGUGUAUGUAUUUAAAAGGAAUAAACACAGGCAACAGUCCAAUAGUAAGGAUGGUAUAUUUAUUGAUAGGUGAACCACCCCAUAGAAAGUGCGACGUUUCGGCUCAGCAAAGCCUUAUUGCAUGAUUAAGGCUCUGCUAAGCCGAAAUGUCACACUUUUUAUGGGGUAGUUCACCUAUCCAUACAUAGGAUGGUAUAUUUAUAGAUAGGUGAAGUACCCCAUAAAAAGUGUGACAUUUCGGCUUAGCAGAGCCUUAAUCAUGCAAUAAGGCUUUGCUGAGCCGAAACGUCGCACUUUCUAUGGGGUGGUUCACCCAUCAAUAAAUAUACCAUCCUUACUAUUGGACUGUUGCCUGAGUUUAUUCAUUUUGAAGACUUUACUGGUGGAUCCAGCGAUGUCCGCCUGACACAGAGCAUCCACCACUGUGAAUGGCCGGAGCAUUUACACGGUAUCGGUGUGCAGGGUUCUUUGUUUGUCUGUGUAUGUAUGUCUCUAUAGGCCUUGUCUGUGUGUCUCUUUAUGACUGUCUGCAUAUGUAUGUCUCUGUAUCACUGUGUAUGUAUGUGUCUAUAUGCCUAUCUCUGUGUUACUUUAUAUCUGUCUGUAUUUCUCUGUGUUUUUUGCCUGUGUCUGUAUGCAUGUAUUUGUAUGACAGUGUACCUGUAUGUGUAGAUUGUAUGACUGUUUGAUUGUGUGACAUUUAUGACUGUGUGUAUAUCUUUGUGACUGUGUGCUUGUAUGGUUGUGUGUCUGUAUGUUUGCGUAUUUGUGCAUAUAUGUAUUUUUGCCUAUAUCUAUGUCUAUAUGGGAUAAAACGAGAGAUCGAUAGAUAGGGGCUGGGGGAAGAAAGAGACCGUAAGGGGCUGGCGGGGAAGUAAAAAAUACAUAAGAAGGGUUGUAGGAGACACACUAAAGGGGGGUGUAAGGCACAAAGGGGCCAAAGGGGAAAGACAUUCAAGAGAGUGGAUAUGAAACAUUAAUGGGGGUAAGAAAUUUAAAAGGGGGGCUAUGAGACACAGAGGUGAAGAUGCAUUUUUUUGGGGGGUGAGGAGGGGGGUAGCGGGGAGAGGGCAUCAAAAUGCAUCUUCGCCUGUGUAGUCAAAAAUCCUUGCACCGGCCCUGGGUCAAAAUAUACACUUUUCUAGCCACCCUCCUGUUUCCUAAUUUGUGGGUUCAGGAGGGUGGCUUACCUAGGAUCCAGAGGUAGUCCUGCCCAGCCCCCCUCCUCUCUGCCUUCUCCUUUUUCAGUCUUCUUGGGAGUACAUCACUUCCUCCCAUCCGAUAAGAAGGUAGCCGGUGAUAGCUCCGCCCCUGCUGGGCACAAGCCACGCUGUGUGCUACAGAGGGAGGAGAGAUAUGACGUGUUCAUAUCCCCGCCCCCUCCACACCGUCCGGUACUGCAGGUUGGCGCUCGGCCACGCUACAAGAAGUGACUGGUAGGAGAGGGGCGCUGUGCACUUCCCUCCUGCCGGUGACCCGGACAUUUAUUUACCCGCCUUAUGGACGCACCGGCCCUGUGUGUAAUCUUCAUUUAAAGAACUUUCAGAUACUAUUAAAACUUUUACUGCCUCCUGUUUGCUUUUCUCAAACAUAGUUGGUAGUAGUUUUACCUUUUGUGCUUUGAAAUAGAUUGUAUUUUUAAAUUAUUAAAUGAGUUGCCCAACUUGUGAGAAUACUCUGGGCUGCACUAGUUGAAGCACUGCAAUAGCUCUACUGUCCUCCUUUAAAGGACAACUAUAGGCACCUAGACCACUUCAGCUUAAUGAAGUGGUCUGGGUGCUAGGUCCACCUAGGAUUAACCCUUUCUGCUGUAAACAUAGCAGUUUCAGAGAAACUGCUAUGUUUACAAAUGGGUUAAUCCAGCCUCUAGUGGCUGUCUCAUUGACAGCCGCUAGAGGCGCUUCCGCGCUUCUCACUGUGAUUUUCACAGUGGGAAGAUGCCAGCGUCCAUAGGAAAGCAUUGAGAAUGCUUUCCUAUGAGACUGGCUAAAUGCGCGCGUGGCUCUUGCCGCGCAUGCGCAUUCAGCCGAUGACGGGGAAAGGGUGAGGAUUAACCCUUUCCUCUCCAUCCAGCCCGGCGGGAGUAUGUUUUCCUGGCACUAUAGUGGUCCUUUAGUUAGUAUUAUCUCAUUUCAGACUCUAUAUAUACUGCUUGUUAAGUUUCCAGUUUAUAUAGAAUAUUUGUGUGACAAUUCUAUAAUACAAAAUUUAAAAUAAAGUCUUAACUUUUAACUGCUAUUUUACUGUUAUCCGAUCCUGCUGAGAUACUUUUUUCAUUUUUGCAACAGAGUCCAUUCAGAAUGAUACUCCCACCAGCACACCAACUUCUUUGUCAGUGAGUCGGCAAAAAAAUGAGAUUAAUGCCUUUCUGAAAAAGAAGAAAACCAGUGACAUUUAUUUUGUUCUUCUUAUGUGGGCUAUCGUGCUUGUACAGCUGUGGCUUCAUUUAUGGAUCAUACAGUUACUUCCAGUGCCUAUCGCAGGUAAUCACCAGGUUAUCAAAUAAAUAUUGUCUCAUUCUAAAUAAGGCAUGAUGGCAAAGAUACAUUGUGUAUCUUGAUGGAAGGUAUUGUAGUUUUGGUGCAAAAUUAAAACAGGAGCAUACCAUUUGAUUGACAAACUCCCUUUUUCUUCCUUCCUUUUUUUUUAAAUCAUUUUUUUUCAUUAACCAGUUAAUGGUAAGCGGUUUUUUUGUGUGAAUUGUGUCUAAAUCAGGAUUGACUAAUACUUUAAAAUAUAGUUUAUUCAUGCUCAAGUCUAGAUAUUAACCAUAUGAAAAUGAGGUAAUGGACUUUCCUUAAUUGCAGUUUUUGCGAUCAAGAAGAUUGUGAUCCACUUUGGUGUGGUGAACUUUUUGGUACACCGAUUUGGAUCCUGGUGGCAAUUGGUAGAAGAUUUCAUCAAGGAACGGCAAGAGGCUUUGGCACCCAGACCUAUUCGAGGAUUGGGAAAGUUCAUUCUUAAAGUAGACACCAAGGUGUGCCACAAUAUUUUGUCUAAAAUUUACCUAACCUUGGACAUUAUCUUGUAUGUAUGCAGUCCUGUCUUUCCAGCUCCAUUUCAGAUUUUAGCAUCAAAAGUAGUAAUAAUGUCACCUUUCAAGACAAAUGCUGCAUUCACUUGCUUUGUAUACGUGUGUGUAGUAUAAAUGCAAUAUGUGUCCUAUGUUAAAGGGACAUUAUAGACACCAAAAUAAUGUUGGCUUAAUGAAGCAGUUUUGGUGUAUAAAUCAUGUCUGCAAUGUUUCACUGCUCAAUUCCCUGCCAUUUAGGGGUUAAAUCACCUUUGUUUCUGUUUGUUGCCCUAGCCACACCUCUCCUGGGUGUGACUGACACAGUCUGCAUGAAAACAAAAUGGUUUCCUUUUCAAUUAGAUGUAACUUAAUUCAAAAGUUUUUAUCUCCUGCUCUGUAAAUUGAACUUUAAUUACAUACAGGAGGCUCCUGCAUGGUCUAGCAAGUUAUUAACAGAGCAGGAGAUAAGACAUUUUGCGUUAAACAGAAUUUGCAGUAAAGGAAGUGUAAACAUUAGAUGACUAUUUACAGGAAAUGUGUCUAGGGUGCAUAAACAAAGUGAUUGAACUCCUAAAUGGCAGAGAAUUGAGCAGUGAGACACCAAAACUGCUUCAUUGAGCUAAAGUUGUUUUGAUGACUAUAGUGUCCCUUUAAAUGUAGUGUAGCUUUGCUCUAUUGGUAGUGCGUCCUUAUGAAGAGUCUAAUUGUCUCUGAAGAGCAAUAAACUUACAUCACUUCAUGAUGUGGUUGAGGAUAUAUAGUUUUAUCCAUACUUGUCUUCAAAUUGUAAAGACUUUUAGGACUAUGAUAUAUUCAAAUAUGUUCUACAUGGCAUCCAUACUCAUACAUGUUGCGACAUACAAAAGUGUAAAAUAAAUAUGCCCAGUACUGGAAUUACACUGGUCCUUAUAUUCAGUUUAUUGAUAGAUAUGACCUAUUUUGAUUUGUACAGAAAAAAAUUUAAAUUUUAAGACACUGCUGUUAAAUGGUUUCAUGAAGUUUAUAAUAGAUUUUGGUUAACGGACUAAUUAUAUGUAUCUGUGUUACACCCACAGAUCUGCUCUGCAAAAUCACUUUUUAUUUUUGAAAACAGUAUUGUGACAUACAAUUAGCAUUCUAAUGAAGCUUAAUACUAUGUCAGCUGCUAAAGUGCCAAACGGUUUCUGUUAGCAAUAUAUUCUAUUAGAAAUUAUAUAGUAGCUAAACUUGGCACUUCAGAUGUUUGUCAACUGCAUCUCACAUGAUGCCCAGCUAUAGACUAUUUACAAUGCAAGCUAUGUAAUAUCAAACAAAGAAGGCCAGUCACGGUACAAAGGAAUUGGCAGGAAGCUGUAUGUGGGUUGGUACUGCAGGGAGCAGAAACAUUUUCAAACAAAUCAAAAUUUUCAUUCUGUGUAUAUAAGAAAGAAUUAUAACCAAAGUCUUUUAUAUUUAAUUCUUUAUUUUCUGUUGUGCAUGGUAUAACAGUAAGCUUACUCAGCCACAAUAGCAUUCGCAAGCUUUAUGGCAACAUACAUAAUAAACAGAACGUGGCAUAUGGAUAGACAGCACAGUUAACCCAAGUCUUUUACCUAGUUUUGAAAAUAUAUAGUUAAAUCUUGCUAUAUAUUUUUUACCAUAUAUUUCUUUUGAUAAAUCUGUUUUGUUUCCACAGUUUUAUGUGCCCUCUGUUCUUUCCAAAUUGUAAAUGCAUACAUCACUAAUACACCACUGUCUUCUCUCCUUUUUCCCCCCUUCCCUUUUUCCUUAUUUUGUUCCCUCCCACAUAAAGAUGUGGCAUUGGCUUAAUGAGCAGGUAAACAGAUUAUUAAACUGUGUGUCUUCUGACCUAAUUGUUAACACCAAAUUGAUUAUUUUCCAAGUUUGAAUUUUUUUACCCCUCUUAAAAAGAAAUCCGUUUCAAACUCAAAAUUUCUUCUGUACGAAAGAAUAUUUUGCAAUCUUUACCAAAGCAUUUCUAUACCACCAUGCUGGGGGAACUGUUCUUCUUCACAGUCUUCUUCACUGGUUUCUUCAUAAUCUUUAUGGCUAUGUUUAACAGUGGCAUUCUGUUCACAAAUUCAACAUCAUUCCAAAAUGUAAUAGUCUUAUGGAAGCAGUCUUUUAAGUUCUCUAAAAGCAUCUUGGCAAAAAAUAAAAUAAUCAAGACCCCAUUAGAUUCCUGAAUAUGCAUUGCAUCCUAAACAGUUUAGAAAAACAAAACACAAUUCAUAUUAAUUUAAUAGCAUUGCCUCAAAUUUCAUUAGUGAGAAAUGCAUGAUAUCAGAUCCCAUUGCCAUUCCAGUUUUGUAUGUGAAGAAAACAAACCCCACACAGUUAUUACAUUCUUAAUGUACAAGCAAAUUCUGCAAUCCUGGUCCCUGGUAGAGCAGGGUGACAUUAUACAUUUUGUAUAGGUAAUCUCUUUUUUGUGUAUUUAGUUUAAGUUUAAAAUGCUGUACAAAGUAUACUUGUUUUUGCUAGUCAUUGCAGUUGCACAUUUUGCUUUCUGUUAUCCUCAUCCUCAUCCACAGGAAAGUUUCAAGAGAAAAUGGGAUUUGUUUCUUUCAGUUUAACUAGCUACACAUUAUUACCUUUCAAGCAUUUUCUUUCCCAUUAAUCCAUGUGAAUUUUACAAAAUGCUCUUUCGUGUCAGAGAAUCCUAUAUUUAACAUUAUUUACUUCAAACUGUGCAUUUGUGUUGUUUGUGCUCUUAAGUGUGCAUAAUGUAUUUACUUUUAAUUUAGAGAAGAUACGAUACAUGUGUGAUCUGCUAAUUUAGAUUGUUUUCCCAAUUACCAAUUUUCAGAGGACUCCCUGGAUGAGCAUGGUCAAAAACAUGUCUACCUAGGUCAAACUCUCUUGUUUUAGUUUCAUGGGGAGGGGCUUGUUUUUUUUGUUUUGGUUUUUUUUUAUCUUUGAUUUUAUGGUACUAAUCAAGUUUCUUGAUUUGUAUUUCUUUUUUUCUUAAAACUGAUAAUGUUGUACAUUCUACUGACAUUUUUCAGAAUAUUUCCCACCAAUUUGUUGUUGGAGGUUAAUUCAUUUAAGAAAAUAUUCUAUUAAAACAGAGGGUACUUUUAUUUUUAAAUACAGUGAAGCACAUCUAAUUUUGAUGCCUGUGAAUCCUAUGAGCCUUUACAGUCUAUUUUACAUAUUCAAAUACAGCAUGUUUAUUUCUAUUUGUUUUUUAAACAAGAUAUAUAUUUUCUGAUGCCUCAUUUUAUCCAAUAGCGAGCAUGAUUGUACUUCCAGUGAAAUUCCCUAUGUGUUUUGGGUUCAGGACUAUAACCAUAAAUGGUUUGCUAUGAAAAUAAAAAGCCAAAGUACUACAUGGUAGUAAUUUAAUUAUUUUAGUGAUGUUUUAAAACGGCUUGGAAGUGGCAUAUUGAGAACUAAGAACUUAUUGAGGACACUGUUAUUGCUUUAGCUACUUCAGUGUAUUUUUUGGUAUUACGUUUUACAAAUUUCUUUUUGGUACAAGUUCACAAUUUUUUUUUUUUUUAUCAAUUAUCAGUUUUCAAGUGAAUUGUGAUAAAGGAGUAUACAUGAUGCUAUAGGCAGACAUGUGUAUUCAAGAAUAAGGCUUGGACACCAGAUGGCAGCAUGCGCCCUUGAAUUCACAAAGAUCUUGAAAAUGUGCUUUUCUUUUUUUCUUUCUUUCUUUCUUUUUUUAAUGCAAGGUUAUUGUUAAAUAUACCUGCUUUGUUUAUGUUUAAAACACAUGUAAUGAUAGUUUCAUUUACAAAUCAGUGUCAUUUUGGUUUCCACGGCAAAGGUGAAUUUCUUACUGGAGUUGUUUGAUCAUCCUAACCAUUGCUCAUUAUGUUUUAUUUUUUUUUAUUUCAGUUUAUGCUCUCUUGAAAACUUUAGAGCACAAUUGCAUUAUGAUUUACCAAUUGCGGAUGAUUUUUAUCAUAUUUUUCCUUGCCUCCAUUUGCACAGAUGAUCAUUUGGCUGGAGAAAUCUCUCGACAAAAUAAUCAGCAUAUUCAUAAUAUUUCUGCUAGUCAUUGGAACUCUUCUGUUAGCCCUGCUGCUAACAGCAAAGGUAUGUUAUAGCAAACAUUUGGUCUCAUUCCACUUUUGGGGUGGAAUGGAUGAAGAGAUCCCUGCUUACCAUAAGCUAUUGCUGCACUUAAAGAGACAUGCAUCACUUGAGAAAUCUGUCUUACUCAAAAGCUUUUACAGGCUGAAAGAAAAAAAAUCAUGUAAAUAUGAUUUCUUUUCAUAUUUACCUGCUUCUUUUUUCUUAUGAUUUGUACACUAAUCUUAUCAAUCCGUGUCCUAUCCUCAGGAAUGCUGGAAACAUGCAUUGGGUUUGCCUAACCGAUUUACACAUGUGUAGUUUUGAAGUUCUCUUCACCUUGCAACCUCCUGACAGGGAAAAUAGAGGAAGUCUGAUCAGGGUGAUUAAUGUAGGGCAGGCUCAGGUGGAGUGCUUCUUUCUCCUGCUAAUGUACAACGAUUCCCUCUUUUCUGUCAUAUAUAGACUGAUCUGAAUCUUAGAUGGGUGGGUAAGGAUUGGUUGUAUAUAUUGGUUUGUAUAUUUGUUUUAAAAAAAUAUUUGUCAAGUGUAAAGGGACACUCUGAACACCGCAACUACUAGAGACAGCUGUGGUAAUGUUUUGAGUUUUAGUUAAGCACUCUAAGCCAAUAAAUGCAGACCCAAAAUGGUCCUGCUUGGCUGAAUAGAACCAUUCUGCUUCAACUGCAGGAGAAUACAGGAUGCCCCAUGGACAACCAGGGAACCUAGGUAAGUUUUUAAACCAUUCUAAAAUGUUUUGGCAAAUUACAUCCCAACAGUGCAAGGCACUCCUGGCACCAUAAACAAUACAGCAGACUGUAGUGGCUAUGGUGCUUAGACUGUUUCUUUAUAAUAGACUGGUGACGUAUACCUUAGAUCUAAUAUUACCAUACUCUUGACAUUCCUUAACCCCUUAAGGACCAGGCUCCUGGAAUAAAAGGGCAUCAUGACAGAAUAUUUCUGGCAUGUGUCCUUAAGGGGUUAAAACUUUUAAAUUAUUAAAAUUUAUCAUGCAUGGGAUAUUUUGUUCUCCUUUCCUUUCUUUGUUUACAUUUGUUUUACUGUGUUUGUCAGCAUUAACAUUUUUAAAGAAUAAAGUAAAAUAGCAUUAGACACUCAAAUAACAGAACUAUAGUUUAUGAUGAAGUGAGCUUCUUCCCUGCUUUGGCCUCUCUAAUCCGCUCCAUCGUUUUUUGUAAAUGGCUGUCACUGCUCUCACUGCUGGGCUGUGCUUCUCCAUUAAAGGGACACUAUAGUCACCAGAACAACUAUAGCUUAUUGUAUUUGUUCUGGUGAGUAGAAUCAUUCCCUUGAGGCUUUUUUCAGUAAACAUUGUCUUUUCAGAGAAAAUGUGGUGUUUACAUUACAGCCUAGGGAUACCUCCAGUGGCCACUCCUCAGAUGGCUGCUAGAGGUGCUUCCUUGAGCAGUGCUGCACAUUUAGAAAGGCAUAUUUCUUUUGACAGUAUUUACAAAUUGCAGUUUUUUUUUUUUCCCCAGAAGAACUGGUAGUGUGGAAAUGUGGAAACAUUUUACUGAAAGGAGGAAAGAAAUCAAAACUAUCCCAAUUUUUGUCAAACUACUUUAAACAGUUCUUUUAAAAACUUGAUGCAGUAUAACUACAACUGUAGUGGUUAUGUAUUUGAGGCAAAAUUAAUUCUACCCUUGUCCUUGUAGCUUUUUUAUUAAAUCAAUCUGAAAGUUAGUUUUAGAGUUAUACUUUCUAGUUUCUGCCCUAAAUAUUUUUUUGUUUCAUAAUAGUUUGCAGCUUUUUAAAGCUGUUUUAAAUAGUCAUUCAAGUAUCCCCUUAAAAAACACCAUAGUCAACCAUGCCACUUCAUCUCAAGUGUCUUUUUUAUCCCUGUAAUGUACAACAUUCUGUGUUUUGUUUGUUUUUUGUGUAUUAGAAUCUGCAAUGUUUACAUUGCAGGGCUAAGUCCACCUCGGUCGCAAAAAACAGGUCACGUGAUGCGAAAGCCUCCAGUACAAAAGCAUUGAUUGAAUGCUUUCCUGUAGGGAAGCUUGAAUGCACAUGGUGCUCACUGCACAUGCGCAUUAGGUUCCCAAUGCUCCUUUUUUUUGAGAAGCAUUGGAUUUGGACCAUUGUGUAGGAGGUCAUGUCUUGUCUGUGAUGUUGCAGGAGGAGCAGAGGUUGGCAGUGGUGCUGGAAAAAGGGAAGUAUGUCUUUUAAUAUUCACAUUUUUGUUGCAAACUGGGCAGCAUUAGGAAUACACUAUAGUUCCUUUAAUUUUUCUGUUCGACAAACUUAAACAGGAAGAUUAUAUCUAUCCCCUAGUUCUAUCACCAGCAUACAAUAAUAAUGUACCAACAUUCAUGGCUUUUUUUAUAUUAACAGUUUUUUGGGUUUUUUUAAUUAUGAGCUUUAAGGCUAUUUAUUAUUGUACCUCCAUCCUCAGGUACAUGAAGAAAGUGUGCACAUAAUUGAAGUUACAAGCAACCUAAUAAAUGAGACGGUUUCCAAUCAUCCAGAAUGGGCAAAGUAAGAAACUAAACCUAUGUUGUUAGAAGUGUAAACGUCCUAGUAGAUAGAUAUAUAUAUAUAUAUAUAUAUAUAUAUAUAUAUAUAUAUAUAUAUAUAUAUAUAUAUAUAUAUAUAUAUAUAUAUAUAUAUAUAUAAAGUGAAUUUCAAAUUUAAGGCCAAAUUGCAAAAGUUCUCUAAACCACCAAUUCUAUAAAUGUCUACUUUUGCCUAAAAUGUUAAAUUAACUUUGAAAAUAACACUAAUGUGCUGACAUUACAUUACAUCACAUCACAAAGCUCUCUGUGCAGGAUUCCAUGCUCCGUUCAAUAGAACUGUCUUCCUCUCAUAGUCCAAUCAAAUACUUCUUCAUAGAAAAUUAUUUGAUUGGACCAUUUUAUUCACUUAGAGCACACACUAUUGAGCUGGGGAGGGAGUGAGUAAGGGGUGAGACAGGGGAGAGGUAAUUAAAGCAUACUAUAGUGGCUGGAAUAUAGUGGCAGCAGUGUAUUCCUAAUACUAUAGUAUUAAACUAACCUUUUCUCCCACACCGUGCUAGUCUUGCCACGACUGGCCUCGCCUCCAUGGCUGCAAUCAUCAAUCUUUAUGGUCUCCGCCAAUUCAAUGCUUUCCCACAGGAAAGCAUUGAGAAGCUAUUGUGCGCUUCUAUUGUGCACUCAGAAGUGGUCAUAGUGGUUGGAGUAACCCUUUAAGUAGCCCUCUAACAGUUAACACUUCUCUGUACACGUAGGCAAUAGGUAGUCUGCACUUUGUGCAGACCUCAUACAGUUGUCUGGGUAUUUAGGCUAUCAGGUGGCAAAUAAUUAAGUUCGUGUUACCUGUAAACCUGGGUAUUUUUCCCAUUAAUAAUUUAAGGACCACAGGAAGGUCUAUGCCAUCAUGCAGUGCAUGGCUUUUAUGUCCAGUGACAGCAUAGACAGUCAUGCAGUAAAGGUAACCUUUAUCUUUCGACAGCUGGGGCCACAGUUAGUGGCGAUAUUUCUUUCACUGCCCACACCCUACAGGAAAAAUGGGUAGGGGGAUCCCCAGGUAUCUUUCGAUACCCGAGUGGCCACAGACUGACAGAACUAUGAGCAGCGCUUAUCACUGUCGCCCCCCCUCCUCAAGUUUGCAUUCCAAAUUUUGCAGCAUUUUAGCAAUAAACCUAUAAUUUACUCCUUGCAGUAUUUGUUUUAUAACUUCUAAAAAAAUUAUUGAAACCCUAGGCAUAAUAAGCAUUUUAGCAAUCAGGAGUAAUUAAUUAAUCUAUUUUGAGUUUGUUUUCUUUACUUGCACUUGGUGUGCAGAAAUCCCCCUCCCCCACCCCCCCACAUAUUUUUAAAAUAUAUUCUUUCUAUUUAAUACAAAUAAGGUAUCAAAAGAAUGCCAUAUUUCUCUUUUUUAAAUAAUGGUAUCAUAUGUAUGGGUGCACAACGGAAAGGGGGAAAUUGUGUUGGAAUUAAUGCAUGGCAAAAAGGCCUUGAAACAAAUGCGUUGCCCAUUUAAAAAAAGCCUUGGUCCUUAAGGAGUUAAACUAUUUGUAUGAUUUCCACUGCUCCGCACAUCUUUCUGACCUUGAAAGGAUUAAUCCUCUACACCAUAAGCAGUUUUGCUGAACCCAUUUAUAUAGGUUAUUAAAAACGGUUUUCAUAUCCCAAGGAGUACCUGAAUUCUUAAGGAAUGAAACAAAACAACCCUUGUAUAUAUUUUGGUUGUACACUUCUGUUUAGUACUUAAUAUUGAUUGAGGAAGCUUAGCUGGUUUAUUUAGAUAUGUUAACUUUGCGGUUUGUGCAAAUAAAAAAAAAAAAAAAUAUAUGCAAUUAAGAAAAAAAUAUUUUUAUUUUUUUACUCAGUUGGCUCCCUGAAGCUCAAGUUGUUCAGAAGGCUCUGAAUUCUGCUGCUAAUAAUGUGUAUCAGUAUGGGAGAGAAUGGAUUACAAAUAAGGUAAUAUCUGAUCACGUGUUAUUUUUUUGUGCAUUAAGUUUAACUUCUAUUCAGGUUUCAGAAAACAAGGGUGAUGAGGACUUGUGAAAUAUCACAUUAAUCAAAAUAAGUGUAAUUAUUGCGUGUGUCAAUAAAAUGAAAAAAAAUAUAUAAAAAAUAAAUAUAUGUGUGUAUAGAGAUGAGGAGCAAUUUUAUUUUUCCAACUAGAGUGUAAAUGAGUGCAUUAUUAGAAUAGCUGGAACAAUUGUUUGUCCUUGAAGGCUGACUUGAGAGAUUUGACUUAAAUAUGACUGUGAUAUAGCUUGGGUUAACUUAUUGUCCAAUAGACUAAUUCAGUGAAUCAUUCUUGUCACUUCCUGAAACUCUUACGUUUUUCCAGACACAGGUAUUCCGGGAGCCAGUCAAAAUUCUAGUAUGUUGAUGCCUCCGCUAUUGCUUGUUAAAGCAGCCUUUUGCUCCUUGGAUUAGUGUUUCUGCUUAUUAUGUCACGUUCCAAUUGUACUUUUUCACUGAUCUAAAACAAAGAAUUUUUGCACAUUCCCACUGUGUGUUUCGAUGAUAGUAAAGUGCAUAACAAGCAGUGUUGGUGCAUGUGCACUGAUCAGUCACAGUAUUAAAGCCACUGACCGUUGAAGUGAAUAAUAUUGAUGAUAUUGUUACAGUGGCACCUGUCAAGGGGUGGGAUAUAUUAGGCAGCAAGUUCUUGAAUUUCCUGUGUUGGAAGCAGGGAAAAUGGGCAAGCAAAAAGAUCUGAGUGACUUUGACAAUGGUCAAAUAGUGAUGGCAAGACAAGUAGGUCAGAGCAUCUCAGAAAAGGCAAGUCUUGGGGGGUUUUCUCAGUGGCUACCAAAAGUGAUGCAUGAGAAGACUUCUGGUAAACUGGCAUCAUGGAUGACCAAGGCUCAUUGAAGCAAGCUGGGAGCACACUAGCUCAAAUUGAUGGAAUAUGAAAGGUGUCAGAAAACACAGCAUCACACCUUGCUGCGUAUGGGGCUGUGUAGAUGCACAUUGGUCAAAGUGCCCAUGAUGACCUCUGCCCACUGCUGAAAGAGCCUUUAACCCCUUAAGGACCAAACAUCUGGAAUAAAAGGGAAUCAUGACAUGUCACACAUGUCAUGUGUCCUUAAGGGGUUAAUGUGGAUAUGAGCAUCAGAACUAGACCAUGGUGCAUUGUUAAAAAGUCGUUUUCUUUUAGAUCAGGUGGAUGCGUGUGCAGUGUUUACCUGGGGAAGAGAUGUUCUGCUUGGAAACCUUUGGUACUGGCAUUCAAGUGGAUGUUCCUUUGAAACAUACCACCUAUCUAGAGAUUGUUGCAUUGGUGUUCCUUGAUGGCAGCGGUCUCUUUCCACAGGAUAAUGCACCCUGCCACACUGCAAAAAAAUUUCAGAAAUGACUUGAGGAACAUGAAAAAGAGUUGAAGAUAUUGCCUUGGCCUCAAAACCCCAGAUCUCAAACAAAUUGGGCAUAAAUUUGAUCUAUGGAGGCCCCAACUCGCAGCUUGCAGAGCUUAAAGGAUCUGCUGCUAUUGUCUUAGUGUCAGAUACCACAGGACACCAUCAGAGGUCUUCUGGAGUCCAUGACUCGAUUCGUCAAAGCUGUUUUGGAAGCACGAGGGUAUGUAUAUGAUAUUGCGCAUGUGGCAUUAAUGUUGUGGCUCAUCAGUGUAUAUGUUCUAAAUCAAAAUGUGCAAAAUAUUUUUGUAGUUUAGGUCAGAUAGUAUAACGGGCUAAUUUUGUGAACUGUGAAAUCUAUUAACAGCAGUCAAAUGACGUUCAUUUGUACAAAUUUAGCUGUUUCUAACUAACAUUUGCUGUGUGAAACCCAUUUACGUUUGCAGUAAAGGGAAAUUUUGUUAUUUCAUACAUAAUUUCCCUUCAUUCAGCUGCACUUGUGAAUAACAGACUUAGAAAAUGUAAGUAGAGAUCCGCAACAAAAUGGCCAAAUUGGAACUGAAUUGCAACUAAAAAUUCUUACGAUGCAGAGCUGGUAUAAGAGCAUCUGUAAUCUUAAAGGGACACUAUAGUCACCAGAACAACUACAGCUUUUAUUGUAUUUGUUCUGGUGAAUAUAAUCAAUCAUACCUCCACUGGUCACUCCUCAGAUGGCUACUAGAGGUGCUUCCUGGGGCAAUGCAGCACUGCCAUUCAGUGUCUCCAUCCUCUGCAUGCUGAUGCCAGGUCCGUGUUUGGCUUGUGCUGGCUCUACUUCUGAUCUGCCUCUUUGACAGUCUCAGCCAAUCCAAUGUGAAAGCAUUGUGAUUGGCUCAGAAAAUAACUUCUGAUGAUGUCAGGAAAGCAAGCAGAUCAGGGGCAGAGCCAGCAGCUGCAGACCUGAACAAAAGUAAGAUUUUACUAUAUUUUGGGUGGGAAGAGGGGGGCUAGAUGGUUGUUUUAAUACAAUAUGGUCAGAAAUACAUGUUUGUGUUCCUGACCCUAUAGUGUUCCUUUAAAUCUUGCCCAACCCUAUAUCACCUUAAUACAUAACCUAACCCCAUCAAUACCUUUUACCUUUUAUUUCUCUUUUUUCCUGUAAAGCAGGGACAUUUUGCUACAGUCCAGUUAGUGUUUUGCUUAACCCCUUAAGGACACAUGACAUGUGUGACAUGUCAUGAUUCCCUUUUAUUCCAGAAGUUUGGUCCUUAAGGGGUAAAUAAGGCUGGUGCUGUUUCCAAACAAAUGUGGCAGGCAUGAUAAACGUAUUUAUUUAUUUAAAACUAAUCCUUCAAACUGGUAAUUCAAUUUUGUAUCUUGUAUCUCUUUAUAGCUUCAUAAAAUAUUGGGAGAAAAAGUAAACAAUACCACUCUUAUUGAGAAGCAAGUUCUACAGCUUUGGGACAGACUUUAUCAUUCAUGGGUUAUUAAGGUAAUUUGUAGUGUAAUGUUUUUGUCCAAUUCUACCAAGCAUUAAACCUACAAAGUUUUUCACUAAACCUAAAGGUCUAAACUGAUUUAAUGUAUAAUGCAUGAAAUUAGAUGGAGACCAUCCAUACAGAAAAUAGACAUGGGGUAGGUAACCUUUUAGCAGGCAAACAAAGACUUUGAAAUCCCUUGGCGUGCCAGACCUUGUGUGUGUGGUUUUCCUUUUAGGAUUGUGCACGCUUAUGUGGGUUGUCACUGGUGGUGUGUUUGUGGUCAUUGGUAUUGUGUGGGCUAUUUAUGAAGCUCUGUUUUUACACGUGGGCUGAUGUAUUUGCAAGGGGACUUCUUGUGUGGUCAUGUGUAUGUCUAAAAGACUAUUUCAGACAAACACACAGAAAUAAAUUUCAGUCACACUCAUGAAAAAUACACUCAAACAUUGAUACACUGUCACACACAUCGCCUCUCUAGGGCACACGCACACACUGCCAGAGUGCACACUGCUAUGCACCCUUCCAAUUCAUUUGCCAGGGCACACACUUUUAAUACUCAAACAUGAUGCUUAACACACACUCCACCACACACCCAAUCACACUGCUAGAAAGUGCAAGACACACCGCUAGACACAAACAAACAGAUUGCUAAACACACAUAUUACUACACACAAAGUGACUUCUAUACUCUCACAUUGACAAUGUUGUUCCACCUUUAGAACAAAAAUCCCAGUGUCACCCAAAAUUGUGGUAUACACUGGCAGGAAGCACAAAAGCAUAAGUGGCCAAAAAAAAUCUUAAACUUUUUAUUCUCAAUGAUACAAAAAAUAAUGGUCCACUUAAAAAGAAAAUAUAAACAGUAUUAAAACUCUCUUCUCCUGACAACGGCGUCUUCGAGCGCUUUUAUUUUCAAUUUGCAAUUGGGUAGCACUAUGCACGUUAGAAUUUUUGUUGGGAGUGUUCAGGGUUACUGGUUCAGGUAGGCAUUAGCUCUGUGCGGUACAAAGGUUUACAGGGACAGCGAGAGAUUUUUAUUAAUGGGGAAUUUGUAGUACAUUUAUCUUUUGCAACCUCCUGGUUCCCUCUCUGGCGUUUUGGGACACCGUGUACAGGGGAGGUUUGGAUGAGUCUAGUUUAAGGAUGCAGACCUUCUACCUCUUUGUAAAUACCCUCUUCCCUACCUGUCCAGAGGUUGACACCACCCACUUCUUAUACCCCUGUUUUCAUACUGUUUAUAUUUUAUUUUUAAGUGGACCAUUAUUGUUUGUAUCAUUGAGAAUAAAGUUUAAGGUUUUCUUUGGCCACUUACAAUACUUUUGUAUUUCCUCCCAGUGUAUCUCACAAUUUUGGGUGACACUGGGGUUUUUGUUCUCAUUGUCAGUAGUUUAGCUCCAGGGUUACCCCCUAAUUGCAAACACUAUUUAGGUGACUUUUCUUUUGACUUGGGAGGUGCAGGGGGAAUGGCCUAAACAUCUUGUUUCACCGUAGGAUUAUCCCCCUGGGGUGGGACAACACUCCCUUUUGUUCCACCUGGAUCAACGUUUUCAUUUUGAAUUUUUGUAGUUCCAACUUUAUCCCUUACGGUUUAACGGCAGGAUAAUUGCUCCCUGGGGUCUACUCGGGGCCAGGCUGGCCAGGCACAGAACAAGGGCAGGGGCUUUGGUGAGCUGCUAUCCUUCUGUGCAUUCUCAAAUCUUUAUACAUUUUUAACAUCAAAUAUAACCUAUUUGGGGAUUAAAAUUCCCAAAAAUAUUGCACUCCUUUAUUAGCUAAAUAUUUCCCACUUCUUCCCCACCAUCUUUUAAUCUAUUUUCCAAGAAUUAGAACAUUGAUAAAACUACCUCUAUGAUAUAUAGGCAGAGCUAGUAUAAUUUAAUUUGCUUCCCAAGACUGUUAUUUUCGGACCUACAUUUGGAAUCCUUCCUAGUGCAACCUGACUAGUUGCCGGACCUCCUCCACAGGCACACAACCUUUUACCCAACAAGCUGCUGGAAACUAUUCAAAAUAGUAGUCAACUAGUCAAAUUAGUAGUCAACCCAUGUACCCCUAAUUAACCAUAGAAACAUAGAAUGUGACGGCAGAUAAGAACCAUUCGGCCCAUCUAGUCUGCCCAAUUUUCUAAAUACUUUCAUUAGUCCCUAGUCUUAUCUUAUAGUUAGGAUAGCCUUAUGCCUAUCCCACGCAUGCUUAAACUCCUUUACUGUGUUAACCUCUACCACUUCAGCUGGAAGGCUAUUCCAUGCAUCCACUACCCUCUCAGUAAAGUAAUACUUCCUGAUAUUAUUUUUAAACCUUUGUCCCUCUAAUUUAAGACUAUGUCCUCUUGUUGUGGUAGUUUUUCUUCUUUUAAAUAUAGUCUCCUCCUUUACUGUGUUGAUUCCCUUUAUAUAUUUAAAUGUUUCUAUCAUAUCCCCCCUGUCUCGUCUUUCCUCCAAGCUAUACAUGUUAAGAUCCUUUAACCUUUCCUGGUAAGUUUUAUCCCGCAAUCCAUGAACCAGUUUAGUAGCCCUUCUCUGAACCCUCUCUAAGGUAUCAAUAUCCUUCUGAAGAUACGGUCUCCAGUACUGUGUACAAUACUCCAAGUGAGGUCUCACCAGUGUUCUGUACAAUGGCAUGAGCACUUCCCUCUUUCUACUGCUAAUACCUCUCCCUAUACAACCAAGCAUUCUGCUAGCAUUUCCUGCUGCUCUAUUACAUUGUCUGCCUACCUUUAAGUCAUCAGAAAUAAUCACCCCUAAAUCCCUUUACUCAUAUGUUGAGGUUAGAACUCUAUCAAAUAUUCUGUACUCUGCCCUUGGGUUUUUACGUCCAAGAUGCAUUAUCUUGCACUUAUCCACAUUAAAUGUCAGUUGCCACAAUUCUGACCAUUUUUCUAGUUUACCUAAAUCAUUUGUCAUUUGGCUUAUCCCUCCUGGAACAUCAACCCUGUUACAUAUCUUAGUAUCAUCAGCAAAAAGACAUACCUUACCAUCAAGACCUUCUGCAAUAUCACUAAUAAAAAUAUUAAAGAGAAUGGGUCCAAGUACAGAUCCCUGAGGUACCCCACUGGUGACAAGUCCAAGCUUCAAUAUAUUCCAUUAACUACAACCCUCUGUUGCCUGUCACUCAGCCACUGCCUUACCCAUUCAACAAUAUUGGAAUCCAAACUUAAAGAUUGCAGUUUAUUGAUAAGCCUUCUAUGUGCAACAGUGUCAAAAGCCUUACUGAAAUCUAGGUAAGCAAUGUCUACUGCACCACCCUGAUCUAUAAUUUUAGUUACCCAAUCAAAAAAAUCAAUAAGAUUAGUUUGGCAUGAUCUCCCUGAAGUAAACCCAUGUUGUCUCUGAUCUUGAAAUCCAUGUGUUUUUAGAUGUUCAACAAUCCUAUCCUUUAACAUGGUUUCCAUCACUUUCCCCACUACUGAAGUAAGGCUUACUGGCCUAUAGUUGCCCGACUCCUCCCUAUUACCUUUCUUGUAAAUGGGCACAACAUUCGCUAACUUCCAAUCUUCUGGGACUACUCCUGUUAACAAUGAUUGGUUAAAUAAAUCUGUUAAUGGUUUUGCUAGUACACCACUAAGCUCUUUUAAUAGCUUUGGGUGUAUUCCAUCAGGUCCCAUUGACUUAUUUGUCUUUACUUUUGACAGUUGAAAUAGAACCUCUUCCUCUGUAAACUCACGUGUAAUAAAUGACUCAUUUAUCCUUUUUCUCAACUGAGGUCCCUUUCCUUCAUUUUCUUCUGUAAAUACAGAACAAAAAUAUUCAUUGAGGCAGUCAGCCUGACCUUUAUCCUCUUCUACAUACCUUCCUUCUUUUGUUUUUAAUCUAACUAAUCCUUGUUUUACUUUUCUUUUCUCAUUUAUGUAUCUAAAAAAUGUUUUAUCCCCCUUUUUUACUGACACUGCUAUUUUCUCUUCUGUGUGUGAUUUGGAAGCCCUUAUAACUUGCUUAGCCUCUUUCUGCCUAAUCUUAUAGAUCAUUUUGUCUUCCUCACUCUGGGUUUUUUUAUAAUUCCUAAAUGCUAACUUUUUGUUUUUAACUAUUUUGGCCACAUCUGCGGAGUACCACAGUGGUUUCUUGAAUUUUUUGCUUUUACUGACAAGCCUAAUGCAAUUUUCUGUUGCCUUCAAUAGUGCAACUUUUAAAUAAUCCCAUUUUUCUUGGACUCCAUUUAAAUUGCUCCAGUCUGCUAAUGACUCCUCUACCCAUAUUCUAAUUUUAGAAAAGUCUGUUUUUCUAAAGUCUAAAAUUUUUGUUUUUGUGUGGUGUGACUCAGUCACUGUUCUUAUAUUAAACCACACUGACUGAUGAUCACUGGAUCCUAAACUUUCACCUACAGUAACAUCUGAUACCAAAUCUCCAUUUGUUAACACUAAAUCUAGUAUGGCCUCUUUACGAGUUGGCUCCUCAACAACUUGUUUUAGAGACAAUCCCAGUAGGGAGUUUAGAAUAUGUGUGCUCCUGGCACAAGUAGCUAAUUUUGUUUUCCAAUUUACAUCAGGAAGAUUAAAGUCACCCAUGAUGAUAACUUCCCCCUUCAUUGUCAUUUUAGCUAUUUCCUCAACUAGUAGAUUAUCUAACUCUUCAAUUUGUCCUGGGGGCCUAUAAAUCACACCUACACGAGUUCCUGUGUGAUUACAAAAUUCUAACGUAGCCCAUGAUUUUCAAGGGGGAGUAAACCACUAACCCUUCACUGCUUAAGCUACCAGAGUAAUUAAUAUAAUCUGUUCUUUAGUUGAAUUCCAUAGCCUAACAUUUCUCUCCCUGGGAUAUAUUUGGUGGUUGGGGGGGGACUGCCAUGGUACACAUGCUUUCUGUUGCAACAUUAUUUCCACACUAUUACACAACACUUUACAUCUGCAGAUUGGGAAAAACCCCUAGGUAAGCUAAUAUGCACCUCAACCACUGCCUCAUCCUCCAUCUCCAAGAUAUACUCCAAGUUGGGACACUAUACAAGCAGGAUUAGCAAGAUGGAGAACACAUUUUUCUGAUGUAAGUCCAAACAGACAUCCUCCUUGCACACUACACUCAAGUCCAACUACUACUCAGGUCUCCUAUUAAGACAUGUUCUUAAAGACCACUCAUUAUGACUACAAUUCUCCAUUCCGCCUUUAUCUCAUGGCUAGAAAUACUCAGCAACCUGUUUCAAACGCACCUGCUUACCAUCAACACAGAGCCUCGUCUUGGGGGAAGCGCUAUACCUGCUAUAAUCCCUGUUCCUGGGAUUGUUCUUUGGAUUGCUAUAAUCACUAGCUAUAGAGCUAUACUCUCUUGGAGGAGAGGCCUUCCCACUGGGAGCUGGAUACAGGAGUUUGGUCCAGGGUGGGAAGGGACGGCGAGACCCUAGCCAAGCUGCAGAGGCUAAGGGGCUACGGUGCUUAUGGUGUCCAGUGCGGUGCUUAUGGUACUCAGCGACCCCAGUCGGGGUGCCAGGCGUUCCACCACAUCCUUGGUCUGAGCGCCCAAGUUGUCCAAAUAGCGCUCAGAUCCAUGCAGUGUAGGGGAAUCGCCACCAGGGUAAAGUUCUGACCUGGUCCUAUGCCCAAAAUAGUUCCAGACCAAUGUAUGUUUUGUCCGGUUAACCUUCCAGAACUCCUGCGGCCGAAAUACAGUGUGCUCUGCCUGGAGCGUUAGUCUCAGGCACCUUCCCUCCAAAAAGUGCUCUCCUGGCGAGUCGUCAAGUUGGUCAAGACCCUGAAACCAUACAACCGGACAUGGCGAUUGUGGCACUGAGGACCAUACGUGGGUUUGUUCAUGCGAACGGCCGCCAUAUGUGUGUGUGUAUGUAUAUGUAUAUGUGUGUGUGUAUAUAUGUAUAUAUAUAUAUAUAUAUAUAUAUAUGUGUGUGUGUAUAAUAUAUUAUACAUAUAUUAAAAAAAAUCUACAUGAAAUAAAAAUGCAAAAACAAAUUUGUAAAAAAGAACUAAUACAAAAUACAGUAAAAAACUAAAAAAGUACGUAUUUUCAAUCAGAUGCAGUUUCUCAGGUGGUGUUUCCCAAUUUACCACCUUUUUUACAUAACUCAAUAUAAAACGAUAUUUGGGAAUCAGCUAAUCAUCUAUUAGGAAAAAUAUAAACCAAAAAUAGUGUAAUAAAAUUAGAUACAAUAAAACUGCACUGCUUUAGCAUGCACUCACAGUGUGUUUGAGAAACUGCGCCUUGGGUUGCCUCCCCUGGUUAAGGCUGGGAGGCUAGGGGCUAACACCUUCUUUUGAGUUCCUCUUGCUGCAGAUCUGGUCCACAGUAAAUUAGAAAGCCGGAAUAUUGAACGCCAAAGUUAAAAAUACAUUUAUUUGAUAAAAAUAGUAUUAAAAACAAACAAUGCAAAAAAAAGGCUCUGUCCAACGCGUUUCUUCCACUAGUGUGGACGAAUGUCAUAAGUGUAUCUUGAUAAUAUAUAUAACGUGUAUAUUUAGCUAUUUUUACAUAAUUCAUUUUUAUUAACUAUUAUUCAAGGGACAACCUAGGCAGAAAGUCCAUUUAACUUUGUUUACAAGCCCUAUAUUUAACUCUGUAACUUUCCAAAACACCAUAAAACUUGUACAUAUGAGGUACUUUUGUACUCGUGAGACUUCGCUGAACACAAAGAUGAGUGUUUUAAAAUAUCAUCAGUGAAAGAUGUGAAAAAUACAUAAUAAAAAUUAUAUGAAGUAUAGGAAAACUAACUUUGCUCAGCGUUUGUGACUAAGUGGCUACUACAAAAGACUGGACUUUCCCAAUUCUGAAUACCCUGGAUUGUCUACUUUUGUGAAUGGUAUGCCAUAGUUGGGGUAUUUUUCAUUCCUUGGCUGCCAUAUGAUCUCAAAGGCAGUAUAGGCUCAGCAAUCCAAUCUGGCAAACUGAAAUGGGAAAGCCCUAUAUUUGUCCCUGUAACUUUCCAAAACACAAUUAAACCUGCACAUGGCGGGAUGGGAUACUGUUUUAUCCGUGAGGAAUCCCUGAAUAUAAUUGAGUGUUUAGAGCAGUAAAACCUAUAAUGAAAAUGAUUUCAUCAGUGAAAGGACAGUUUUUUCUUUGUGAAAAAUUAAAAACAAUAAACAUUAUGAACAUUACAUUUUGCCAAUGUUUGUGACUAAGUGGCUAAAAAAAAACUGGACAUACCCCAUUCUGAAUACCCUUGGUUGUCUACUUUUGUGAAUGAUAAGCCAUGAUGGGGGUAAUUAUCAUUUCUGGGCCGCCAUAAGGUCUCAAAGGCAACAUAGGCCAACCAAUCUGGCAAAAUGAAAUGUGAAAGCCCUAUAUUUGAUUCUGUAACUUUCCAAACCCCUUGAAACCUUCACAAGAGGGUACUGUUUUACUUGUGAGAUAUUGCUGAACACAAAUAUGAGUGUUUUAAAGUAGUAAAACUUAAAAUAACUAUCAGUGAAAGGGCAAUUUUUUUUUUUUGGGGGGGGGGUGAGGAAAAAAACAAAUAAUUGCUAAUUUUGGCCAGGGUUUCUGACUAAGUGGCUACUACAAAAGACUGGACAUACCCCAUUUUGAAUACCCUGGGUUAUCUACUUUUGCAAAUGGUAUGCCAUGAUGGGGUAAUUCUCAUUCCUGGACUGCUAUAUGGUCCCAAAGACCGCAUUGGCGAAGCAAACAAAUCUGGCAAAUUUCAAAGUGUAAAAAUGAAAAAGGGGAAAGCCCUAUAUUUGACCCUGUAACUCUCCAAAACACCAUAAAACCUGUACAUGUGGGGUACUUUUUUACUUGUGAGACAUCGCUGAAUACAAAUAUGUGUAAUUUAUUGCAGUAAAAACUAACUGUAUUAUGACCUUAAAUGACUACUAUAGGCACCCAGACAACUUAAGCUCAAUGAAGUUGUCUGGGUGCCAGGUCCCCCUAGUUUUAACCCCUUCACAGAAACUGCUAUGUUUACAUUGAGGGUUAAUACAGCCUCUAGUGGCUGUCUUUCUGACAGCCACUUGAGGCCGCUUCCUCAAUGCGAAAAUCGCAUUGAGGACACACUGGACGUCCAUAGGAAAGCAUUGAGGAAUACAAAUCUGUAUUCUGAACACUAUAAUUCGCAUUCAGAGCUGACGUCUGCAGGGGGAGGAGAGAGCCCGGCGCUGGAUUAAGGUAAGUGGUUGAAGGGGUUACCUAAUAACCCUAUAGAGCCAGGAAAGCAAGUUUGUUUUCCUGGCACUAUAGUGCUCCUUUAACCGUUAAAAUGCCAUGAAGAACUUUUUAAAUUUUAUUCCUAUUAAAUUAUGUUUCAUAUAAAAGUAUUUCAUAUGAAAUGAAAGCCGGUUUCUCCUGAACAAAAUGCUAUACAAGUGAGGGUGGACUUAAUAUGAAAGAGGUGAAUUAUGGUUGAACAGACAUAUAGCGCAAAUUCCAGCUUUUGUUUUGAUCACAAUUUGUACAAUUGACUCCGUUUUUGAGGGGUUAAACUAAAUUGAAAUUUGCUGCCAAAAUUAACACUGAUGCUUAGCCCAUGUAGUUUUUUUAGCAUGCUCACUUGUAACAUACCAUCCCCUCAGAGAAACAGACAUGUACUGAUAUUACUUUUUGCGUGGGUAUCCUCUUCCCCUAGUGCAGGCUGAUUUAAGUAUGUUUUAUGUUGGCAGCAUGAAAAUGGUAGUUAUAGUAAAUGUUUACUCAUGGCUUUUUAUGUGAAUAAUGAUACAGAGUAGUCUAACUGAUAUAGGCAUUCUUUGAUUAAUAGAAUGUUACACAUUCCGGUAGACACAAAGGCCACAAGAUGCAAAUACAACGUCAAAACAGCUGGCUGGGAGAUAUUUUGGAUUGGCAAGACAUUGCUUCGUUUGUUCACGAAAAUAUUGAAACUUUUCUUUCGGUAAGGUACCUCACAUCAUUAUUGUUAUUAUUAUUGUUAUUGUUAUUUAAGCUAUAAUUUGUAACUUUGGUUUUUAGGCUUUGUCAGCUCUUAAUGAAAAAUAUAUAUAUUUUAGCCCUUUGGUAAUAUUUAAAAAUGUCAUCCCAUUGAAUUGGUCUCAGUGCACUGUCCCUGUCCCCUUAACCCAGUUGAAGACAUGGCAGUUUUAGAGAAACUGCAAUGUUUUCAUUGCAAUGUUAAGUGUUUAGUGGCUGUCUACCAGAUAUCCACAAGAGGCACUUCCUGCUGUUUCAUGGAGUUUAACUUUGUAAAUCGACGUUGGACAUCCUCAAACUUUGCAUGAGGACAUCCAGAGCCUUUUAAAUCUCCAUAGGAAAGCAAUGAUGCGUUUGUGCUUUAGGUUCCCCCUUGAGAUGAUGGAGGAGGAGCCACCUGUGAGUUUGCUGUGGAAAAGAGGAGGGCAGAGGUACACUAUAGUGUUAGGAAUACAAAUCUGUAUUCUGAACACUAUAAUGUUCCUUUAAAGGGACACUCCAGGCACCCAGACCACUUCUGCCCAUUGGAGUGGUCUGGGUGCCAACUCCCACUACUCUGCAAUAAUUACCUUGCAGGGUUAACUCCACUUCUAGUGGCUGUCUACUAGACAGCCACUAGAGGGCACUUCCUGCAUCAUAGCACAGAAAACCUGUGCUAGAGUGUUGCUGGACGUCCUCACGCUGUGUGAGGACCUCCAGCGUCGCUCAAUUCCCCAUAGGAAAGCAUUGAAUAGCAUUUUCAAUGCUUUCCUAUGGGGAGCUCUAAUGCGCAUGCGCAUUAGGUCUCCCCGGCUGGUGGGCGGGAUCAGUCUCGCCCACCAGCCGACGUAAUACAGAGGAGGAGCGGCAGAGGAGAAGCAGCAACGUGGGACAUGACGCGGCCUCUGGUAAGUUACUGAAGGGGUUUUUACCCCUUCAGCAACCGAGGAUUGGAAACGGAUUGUUUUCCUGGCACUGGAGUUUCCCUUUAAUGAAGCAGUUUUGGUGUAUAGAUCACUACUCAAUUUUUUUGUCAUUUAGGAGUUAAAUAACUUUUUCAUGCAGCCCUAGCCACACCUCCCAUGCAUAUGACCUACAUACUAGGAAUGAAUUCAAAUAGAUGCCAAAUUAUUAGUUUAGAAUGUACACAUCAGUUGAAUUCAGAUUUUUUUUUGUUUAAAUUUUUUUUUCUGUGUUUGUAUAUUACUUGUAAUAAGUAUUCUCCUGAGCAUGCCAUGAUCUUGUUUUCAUAAUUUAUUCAGUGACUUUUUUAAAUUUUAAAAUGUCUUACUAACAUGCAUUUGUGAAAAAGUGUUACUCUAAUUUUAUCAGGGUUAGUACAGCUAGAAAAUUUAAAACACAGGCUAAGUGACCUUCUAAAUAUGAAAUGACAUGUCUUCCACUUGGAAAAAUGUUUUUGUUUUUUUUUGUUUUUUUUAAGAUACUGGAGUCACUGUGGAUUGUGAUGAGCCGAAAUCUAAGCCUACUUUUCACUACUGUAACCACAUUAUUUACUGUCAUCUUUUACAGUGGUACAGCACUUCUCAAUUUUGUAUUAUCUUUGGUAUGUAUUUGAAGUGUGCUGCAUAUUGUAAAAUGUCAAAGAUUUCCAUUGACCUUUCUGAGAUAUACACACCAUCAAUGUCAAUGUCAUGCACUUCUAAUGUAGCUUCCUUUUUUGUUCCAUUCCAUAGCUUUUUUAACCCCAAUCUUGGACACUAUAUUCCCCAGGCUUAUCAUCUUGCCAUUCAAGGUACCCAGUAGGCUAAGCUUCUCUAGCCCUUUCUGGACCCUCAAAACAUGGCCUUUUCGACAUCUGUCUAGAUAUCAGAGCCACCAUUUUUAAAAGAAAGCUUCCAAGGAAUGCUUGGCACAGAGUAGGCAAGAACAGGAAAGUUAAUUUAAAAACCCAGAGCACACUUCUGUUGACAGUGGCAUGCUGACUUGAAUGCCUUGAAUGCCAGUAACUGCACGGUUACGGGGAGACCACUGCCCAGGACAUCCCUUUUGAAGAGUAAGUACAGGUUUUUGACAUCUGUAGAAGGAUCUGCAUAGGUCUCUUGAGGUUAGGGUUCAUCAGCCAUCAGAGCCCAUACUUCAGCAGGAUGGUGUGAGUGUCAGUUUGAGCAUAUAGCAAGAUGUAAUAUGUUAUUGUAUUAUUCUAUCAGGGUGCUGCAUUUUGUUUGGAAGGUUGUAGGUUAACAAAAUAUUUGAAAUUGGAGCAUAAGUCUGACUUUCUUACUAACUUAAAAAGUUUUGAUUUUCAAUUGAUAACCAUAAUUAGCCCUGGAUUCUUGUGCACACUCUCAUUUCCUCAAUGCCCCUGUGCCUCCUGCCUUCUCUGCCCUUGUGUGUCUGGUAUUGUCUUAACUAUUUAAUACACUUGCAUUUUAUUGGCUAUUAAAAGGUGUAGUUUUAAAAGGCAAACUUGGUACCACAAAAGCAAGUGUACAGCCAUUGCAGUACUAGCAUGUAUGAUGGAUAUUUACCAGCCUUUACAAUCUUACUUAAUCCUUCAAACACUUGGAAUGAGUCGGUGUUCAGCUACUGUUUCCUGUUCCUGCUUGUGAACAUACUACUGACACAGCCCUGUCCUGACUCCAUAGCAUGACAGCCUGUGUUCCAACAGUUGGGAAUGAAGUGCAUGUAUUAUUUUAUUUUAGCAUCUUUAAACGCAGAUUGUGAGCUCUGAUUUACUGGAAGCUCCUGUUCUAAUGUAUACUUCUGUCACAUUUGGUAACAUCCUUAUAAUUAUUCCUGUAUCUCCCUAUAAUGUACGACACUAAAACAUGCUAUGUACAACAUUAUAGCUCAAUAUAAAUGAAAUACUGCUAUACAGAUAACAUAAUUGUGAUGGCUAACACAGAUUGAUUGUAUUUGGGGUAGAUGUACUAACUGGCUAAUCGCAUAUGUAAAAAUAUUUGAUUUACUACUUUUUAAUUUAAUCCCAAAUUUAAAAAUGAUAAAUUUUUAACAUAUUCACUCCAAAUUCCCCAAUGUGUAUAAAUAGUUAGUGGUAGUUUGCGUUAUCUUUUCUGUUUGCAGAACUCACUCUCCAUUAAUUUCUGUAUACAUUUUUUUUACUAACAUUAUAAUGCUUGAUUUGUCUUCUAGGUAAUUUUUUUGACUACUCUGUUCUAUCUAUUGAGUUCAAGUGACGAGUACUACAAACCAGUAAAGUGGGUUAUAAGUCUCACCCCACUUUCUCAGCCAGGACCAUCCUCCAAUAUCAUUGGCCAGUCAGUAGAAGAAGCUAUAAGGUAAGCAAUGAUACUUGUCUACUGUGUAAUUUUUAAAUGUAUUACCUGCAAGUGUUACAGGGGAACACUGAAGAAGCCACGCACAGAGAGUCCGGACACAAGUAAUUUCAGGAAGUAAAGAUCUUUAUUCUCCCCGAUCGGGUCUCCGAUGAACUCCUGUUCAAAAGGUCUGAGCCCUGAGCACAUGCAGUAGAGGCUUUUUUAUAAGCUAUGCAUCCCCCAUCUGUACCCCUACACCAAUCAGCAAACAGGAUACCCAGGAUUACCUUAUAUGGACAGGCAACAUGGCCCUUUAGGAGAAUGGAAUGUGGUUUCAGUUCUUGCACAUGCUCAGUACAUUGAUAACAGUAUAUUAGCUACAUGUAACUUACUAACAGAUACAACAGAUACCUGUACUUGUAUAUGCCACAUGGAGAUUUUUGGCCUACCUGAAAUCCCAUCAUAUUCCCCCCUUUGAUGCUUCUGAUACAAAGUACUCCAGUUGCAUCACUUACCAUUCUUUUCCAAUACCACUCAGGUAAUUAUAUAACAGGAGAAACCAUGUGAGCAUUCUAGUUGAAUUUUAUGAAUUCUCUGAACUCAUCGACCUGAUUACAAAUUAUUUCUCUUUGGGCUAGAGGUUCAUAUCUCCAGAUGGCCAUUAAGUGAGCUGCUGUCUUCCUUUCUAUAGUGUUCUCAAUAACACUACGUAUGGACCGAAUUAUUAAUGGAAUCAAGCAGGGUAGUAAGAGGCAUAAGAUAAUAAUAAAUACCACUCCUCCUAGUGCUUUUAUCCGUCCAAACUGUUCAUACCAGCUUCCAAACAAACUACCUGGAUUAUACCCGUUCCAGAUCUGAGUAGGUACGUGCGUUAGUUUAACCAUGUGGCUGGUAAGGUCAACCACAGUUUGCCCUUCAUCAUCUAUAUGCAGAAAGCAAUUACUAAGAUUAAACUUUCCGCACACACCUCCUUCUACUGCUAAUAAAUAGUCAAGAGCCAGCCUAUUUUGGUAAAUGGCUGACCUCAUACGGGUAUUUUGCUUUGCCAGGAGGUUAAGUGCUUAAGCUGUCUCAUUGGUUAUAAUCUCAACCACCGCCUGUAAUCUUAUAAUGUGGUUGAGCAUGUUUAGGGGGGUUCGGUAACCAUAGUACCAUCUUCAGCCCAAGUAGCAGGUCCAUGGUAAUUAAUAAUUCGCUGGGGUGGCCAUUCAUCUUCCCAAUUACCUAUAUUUAAUGGUUCUCGCUUCUUCCUAUGAUUUACAUCAUAGACCUUAACUACCAAGGUCUCUCCUGUUUGGAUUGGAAACAAAAAGGAUGGUUUGAGCAUACCUAGCACACACACCUCCACCCAAUCUUGUGGUAAUUCUGAAUAUGCCUUCUUACCACAAAUCCAGUAUAAAUUUUCUGGGGCUCUCCAGUUAGAUGUAGCCGAUAGAUCAAACCAUACCUCUCUUAAAUUGGUGUAAUUAACAAAAGGAUUGGUAGGCUUUGAGACAUUUGAAACCGACCACCAGGUAGUAUUAUGGCUACUUGCAUUAUAUGCUUUCUGUCCUAGACAAGUCAACUCGCCUACAGGUGUGUUAUACAUUGGACCUCCCCUAGCUAAACAUAAAUGACCUAUUGUGGAUGUUUUUAUUUGCCAUUCCAAUUUUUCCCGUAUGGUUGCUUGAUUACUGGAGUGGGAAGGCAUCUGUUGCUCAUUUGUCUUAGAACCAGGAUACCAUACUUCUCUCGCUUCUCAUGGCCAUUGGUCUCCCAUAUUUAUACCUCCACAUACAAAGCAGUUAGUUAUAUUAAGACUACUUGCAAUACUGUCAGCCAGAUCGAUGAACAGGUUCCUAGCAGUGUGGGGAGCUUAAUCUUCAACACUCAUCUCCUCAUAAAAGGAAUGGAAGACCUGAUGAGUUUGGGCAUUUAGGGUCUCGGUUUCAAGAUAUAUAUAUAUAUAUAUAUAUAUAUAUAUAUAUAUAUAAAAAAAAUAUUCUCUUGAAACAGAGACCCUGAAUGCCCAAGCUCAUCAGGUCUUCCAUUAUAUAUAUAUAUAUAUAUAUAUAUAUAUAUAUAUAUAUAUAUAUAUAUAUAUAUAUAUAUAUAUAUAUAUAUAUAUAUAUAUAAUUUCUGUCCUUGUACCAUAUAUUUGGAAACCGAAAAGAUUCCCAGACUUAUUAAUAAAUUGCUGUAUUCAUGAGUACAGGAUUACACUCCACUGAUUUACAAUGAGGAGUACUAGGUAACCUCUGAAUUAUCAGAUCUUGGUCUACGGUUUUUCCACAGGUCGCACAACCUACACAUGACCAAUAUGGGCAAAAGUUGAAGUCACUAUUUGGACAAUCAGGGUCAGUAGAUAGUCUACUAGGGCAUAGAUAUUUAUCAUUAAACCCAUAGGUUCAUUCACACUUAAGAUUACCACAUUUGUUCCAAGGUUUUCCACUACCAGAAAUUGCUUUGCAUGCAUUGAAUAGUAGAAUGCCUAAGGAGGAAGUGGUACUUAACAAAGUUUUAUUUAUCAAUGCCCCCAUAGAGUAGGUAUUUCGAAGAACCAGCCAGAUUGUACGAGGUUGGAAUUGGAGAUCAAAGCACUUGGGUUCACCUGACAAUGGCUGACACUCACAAUAAUCAGUGUCUUAGUAUCUAUAUUUAGACACAGAUCCUUUACAUUCAUAAUGCGAGUGCCAAAUAAGAGUUUGGGAUAUCUGGUUACCUGUUUUUGUAGUCUUAAUACAACUAUCACAGCCUUGUAUGUCAUCACUUUUACAUUCCGUAUAUAUAAUAAAAACACUAAAACACACAAAGAAAUACAUUGUGAUUGAAGUCUUCAUCCACAUUUUCAACCGUGCGACGGCACCUCAGCUUCCCGCUUGUGAGGGCUGCAAGGAAUGUUGUUCGUCUGAUCCUCUGUUCCCUUCAUAAAGGUCCCUUCGAGACACUCUGGCUAUAAAAAGGUUGGUAGGUGGUCAGGCUUUAUUAUGGCCAUAAAAACACCUACUUGCUGCUCACUGAUAUCUUUCUAAACCACGGUUUUUGAAAAUCGUCUCGUACCUUUAAUCAAACUUCAGAGACAGCUUCUUUUCCAGUAGCUCCUAUUACAGUGACGGUCUUUCCAGACGGAGGGGCUACUAAUUUGGUCACAACAGAGUAUUAAACACGUAUCAAUCAUGAAGGGACUUUUCUUUUCUCCUAUUGUUACUUCGACCAUAGGCUCCGCUCGGCCAAGGGGGAUGGAGCCCGGUUUGUAUCAAUAGUCCUCCAUGACCGUAUCAGCCAGACCCACAAAGUCCCUAUCGUCCCUAUCUUUUGGUCUCUGAGUAGGGGGAUAGUAUCUACCUUCCUGGACAUCUCCUCUGUUACUACUGUCGCUCCCUCCAAGACUUCCUCUUCCUCUAUAACCAUCUCUAUAACCACCUCGUCCCCUUUUCUCCUCUUGUCUAAAACUUGCUUUAUAUCCCCUCUGUGGGCAGUCACUUUUCCAAUGUCCUUCCUCUCUGCAAUACGCACAUUGAUUUCCACCGAACUGUGGUCUGUCAUUCCUAAUCUCACCUUCCCUUUCUAUCUCUCCUCCUUGUCUAUCCACUUCUGUAAUUUCUAUAGCUAUUACAUUCUGCGUUCCUCCUCACGCUUCCCUAUUCAUAUAAAACCUGUUUGCAAUUUCCAUUAGCUGUGUUAUGGACAUCCCUUCAAAUCCUCUCACUUUUGCAAUUUCCACUCUGAGCCUGGCUGACGAAUGCGUAAUUAUUCAUAUGAGAAUUUUCAGGGGCUUCGGGAUUAAAAGGGCUAUCCAGUCUGUAGGAUUCACGCACUAGGAGAUUCAUCAGUUUUUUUUGUAAUACUUCAGCUGUUCUUGACAUGUUUAUAGCCUUUUUCCCACCUGCGUUCAUGCCUAUAAUAAUGGCUUGUUGGUAAGCUUUUAAAUAAAUCAUAUCACCAAUCUGGAUCUGUAUUGGUGAAAUGGGCAGCAGUCCAAGCCACUGGAUUUGCUUGGUUUUGGGUAUGGGCAGUCUCCUCAAGAGCUUUAAGGGCCGCUUGGUUGAUAGGGGGGCCUUUCCUUGGAACUUAAUAAAGUUAAUAGUAACUGUUGAUAAUCAGCCCAAGUAGGGUUGUGGGUUUGUAUGAUCGAUGUGACCAAAUCAGUCAUAGCUUGUGGUUUUUCCAUUUAUGAGGGGUCAUGGGUUUUCCAAAUAAAUAAGUUGGUUGUAGUAAAGUGAACAUAAUCACAUACAGGGUCUCAGUCUCCCAAUUGCAACUGGCCAUUGCCAUCAAUGUAUGUUGGGCCAGGUGUAAGUCGGAGAGGCAUCUGUAAAUGCCAGGUUGGAGGGUACCAGUAAUCAUACAUGUUAAAACCGGACUAUGGACAUUUGUAGAAUAUUUGUCCUCUAACAAGUUCCGGUUAGGGAUCGUCAGGUGGGUAGAGGAAGCUAAGUUAAUCAUGUCGGUCGGUAAUUUCGUUAAUAAAAUAUUUUGGACAGGGCUGGGAGGAGCCUGACCAGUAACUAAAAAGGUCAAAAGUGUAUUCCAGUGUUUUAUACCAUUGAUCAUUUCUUCCAGUUGUAUUUUAGACCCCGUUACUGUUACUGAAGGCACACAGGGCUCAGUAGUUGUAGUGCUAUGUCAGUGAUUAUGGUACAAUGUCAUUUCUGAGAAUUAUCUGAUUUUAAUAAACUCAGUUACUGUUAUUAAGAACUCUCGUCAAAAUUUUGACUGUUAAUAAUAAAAUUGAACAAUAAUAAAAUACGGUAAAAUACACUCCUACCAAAAAGGAAGUCAGUUCAGGGUACAAAGCACCAGUGGGGGUAGGCACAGGAAUAGGUGUGUCCAGGACAGAUAAACUAGUAUCGAAGGUGGGUGAGUGGGUAGGUGGAGACAAUAGGGCAGGGGGAGUGGAAACACCAGCUACACCAGUUUUAUCUUGGGAGGAAGAGUAGGGGGUUGGUAAAGGCACAUCAGAUUCAAGGGGGAUGUCCAAACUCGGUGGAGUUAAGACCUUAGUGGACAAACAAGUUCUGGCAACCAUGAGGCUGCAUCGUUCCUUGUGGCAUAACUUGAUCCAAUUAGGCUGUUUUCCCAACAAUUUGCUUCUAACAAUCAAUAUACAGAAACUAAUCAUAAAGCCCCAGCAUACUAGUUAUAACAAUGUGAACCUGCUGUAUUAACCCCUUAAGGACCGGCCUGUUUUUGCGAUGUUGUACGUUAACGACCAGGGCUCUUUUAACACUUUUGUGGUGUUUGUGUUUAGCUGUAAUUUUCCUCUCUCUCGUUUACUGUUCCCAUACAAGUUAUAUAUUGUUUUUUUCAGGACAAAAAGGGCUUUCUUUACAUACAAUUAUUUGUAUCGUGUCAUAUAACUUACUUUAAAAAAAAAUAUGGUGAAAAAUUGAAUAAAAUACAUAUUUUUUUACUUUUGCUUGAAAAAUAUUUUACUUAUCUAUGAAAGCUAAUGAAAAAAACUGCUAAAUAGAUUCAAAAUUUUGUCCUGAGUUUAAAAACACCCAGUGUUUACGUGCUUUUUUCCUUUUUCUUUUUUUUGGCAAGUUAUAGGGCUACAAAUAGGAAAUUGCUGUUUCAAUAUAUAUAUUUUUAAAAUGUAUCAAAAGUGACAUUGUAACACUAUUAUCGGUCAUAAAUCUCCGAAUCACACCCCACAUGUACGCAUUUUUUUUUAAAGUAGACAACCCAGGGUAUUCAAUAUGGGUUAUGUCCAGUCUUUUUUAGUAGCCACUUAGUCACAAACACUGGCCAAAGUUAGCAUUCAUAUUUGAUUGUGUGUGAAAAAAGUAAACUAAAUUGAACGCUAAUUUUGGCCAGUGUUUGUGACUGUGGCUACUAAAAAAGACUGGACAUACCCCAUUUGCAAUACCUUGGGUUGUCUUCUUUUGCAAAUGGUAUGCCAUCAUGGGGGUAAUUCUCAUUCCUGGGCUACCAUACGCUCUCAAAGGAAACGUAAACAACCUGCCAAUUUUUCAAUGUAAAAAUAUUUGACCCUGUAACUUUCAAAAUAGCUAUAAAACCUGUACAUGGGGGGUACUGUUAUACUCGGGAGACUUUGCUGAACACAAAUAUUAGUGUGUCAUAACAGUAAAACAUAUCACAACAAUUAUAUCAUCAGUAAAAGUGCUGUUUGUGUGUGAAAAAUGCAAAAAAAGUCACUUUCACUGACAAUAACAUCGCUGUGAUAUGUUUUACUGUUUUAAAUCACUUCUAUUUGUGAUCCAUCAUCCAUCCCUCUCUAUCCACCCAUCCCUCUCUAUUCAUCCAUCACGCUGUAUCCAUCCAUCCCUCUUGAUGGAUGGAUAGAGAGGGAUGGAUGGAGAGAGUGUGUGUGUAUGUUUACAAUAUAUACUAUUUGUGUGUUUGUAUACAAACACUAUAUAUAGAGAUCUCUCUCUAUAUAGUGUUUCUAUGCAAACACACAAAGUUUGGGCUGAGGAGGGUUGCGGUAGGAGGGGGCCAUAGACAGCGAGCUGUGCUGUCAGUCAGCUCAGCUCACGAACGCGCAUACCACACUUUGCCACACUUUUAAACUUUGCCAAAGAAAUACAUUGAGUCAAUGCUUUCAUAUGGAGAUUUCGGCAUCAUCUAACAGAGUUUUAGUCAUCAGUGCAGUGGAAGCACCUCCAGUGGCUGACAGCCACUAGAGAUGGACUUAAUUUUAUUGUAAAGUGCUGCAGAAUAAGCUGGUGCUAUAUAAAUAAUAAUAAUAAUGCUGCAAUUUAAACAUUUUAACAUUGCAUGGUAAAAAGGACAGGGACACUGCACCUAGACUACUUUAUUGAGAUUAAUUCUGCAUGAACAGCAAUGUUUACAGCGCCGGGUGUAAAUCCUUCUAGUGGCUGUCACUGACAGCUACUAGAGGUGCUUCCUUUGAAAUACGGUCAUAAAACUCAGCUAUUUCUAUCAGAUGAUCAUAGAGACCGUCUGACUGGCAAAUUGCAGUGUUUUACCGUGCAUGCUUAUUAGCCUACCAAUGCUUUCCUCUGGGAUCUGUACUUGGAUCCAUUCUCUUUAAUAUUUUUGUUAGUGAUAUUGCAGAAGGUCUUGAUGGAAAAGUAUGUUUUUUGCUGAAGAUAUGUAACAGGGUUCAUGUUCCAGGAGGGAUAAGCCAAAUGGCAAAUGAUUUUGGUAAACUAGAAAAAUGGUCAGAGUUGUAUCUUGGACGUAAAAACCCAAGAGUUCUAAUCUCAACAUCUGAGGAAAGGGAUUUCAGAUGACUUAAAGGUAAGAACACAAUGUAAUAGAACAGCAGGAAAUGCUAGUAGAAUGCUUGGUUGUAUAGGGAGAGGUAUUAGCAGAAGAAAGAGGGAAGUGCUCAUGCCAUUGUACAGACCUCACUUGGAGUAUUGUACACAGUACUGAAGACCGUAUCUCCAGAAGGAUAUUGAUACUUUAGAGAAGGGGUUCCCAAUGAAUUUUUCCCAUGGAACUCGUUGACUUAGUGUAUCAACAUCGUGGAACCCCCCCCAAAAAAAAUUUCACGCAUAGGCUUUUAAAUGCAGAUGUACAUUUGUGUGUAGUAUUGGUGUUUAAGUGAAGGGUGUGUUUGAGUGUUUAUAUAUGAUUUUGGGGUGUCAAUUCAGGGUUUGUUUUUUUUUGUACAGAAGUACAUAAUGUUCUUCUUGCAUGUUUAUUGGUAUUUGCUGGGAUGUAUGGACAUACAUACAUACAUACAUACAUACAUACACACACACACACACACACACACACUCACAAAGAUGCACACACUGGCACAUUCACCCUCCCUGGCACAUAGAUACACACAGUGGCACAAUCGCUUCUCAGAUGCACACACUGACCUACAAAUAUACACAUUGGCACAUACACACCCAGAUACACACACAUACACACACUCAGAUGCACAAGCUGACAGACAGAUAUACACACUCUGGCACAUACCCACCCAGAUGCACACACUAGCACUUACACACACAUACAGAUACACACACUGACACACAGAUGUACACACUCUGACACACAAAUACACACUGGCAUAUACACACACACUCAGAUUCACACAGUGGCACAUAUACACACUUACACACAGAUACAGUUGCAAGAAAAAGUAUGUGAACCCUUUGGAAUGAUAUGGAUUUCUGCACAAAAUGGUCAUAAAAUGUGAUCUGAUCAUCAUCUAAGUCACAACAAUAGACAAUCGCAGUCUGCUUAAACUUAAUAAUACACAAAGAAUGAAAUGUUGCUAUGUUUUUAUUGAACACACCAUGUAAACAUUCACAGUGCAGGUGGAAAAAGUAUGUGAACCCCGAGACUAAUGACAUCUCCAAGAGCUAAUUGGAGUGAGAUGUCAGCCAACUGUAGUCCAGUCAAUGAGAUAAGAUUGGAGGUGUUGGUUACAGCUGCCCUGCCCUAUAAAAAAACACACACCAGUUCUGGGUUUGCUUUUCAUAAGAAGCAUUGCCUGAUGUGAAUGAUGCCUCGCACAAAAGAGCUCUCAGAAGACCUACAAUUAAGAAUUGUUGACUUGCAUAAAGCUGGAAAGGGUUAUAAAAGUAUCUCCAAAAACCUUGCUGUUCAUCAGUCUGCGGUAAGACAAAUUGUCUAUAAAUGGAGAAAGUUUGGCACUGCUGCUACUCUCCCUAGGAGUGGCCAUCCUGUAAAGAUGACUGCUCAAUGAGGUGAAGAAGAAUCCUAGAGUGUCAGCUAAAGACUUACAAAAGUCACUGGCAAAUGCUAACAUCCCUGUUAGCGAAUCUACAAUAUGUAAAACACUAAACAAGAAUGGAUUUCAUGGGAGGAUACCACAGAGGAAGCCACUGCUGUCCAAACAAAACAUUGCUGCACGUUUACAGUUUGCACAAGAGCACCUGGAUGUUCCACAGCAGGGCCUGGACGGAUUGCUAUCAUCGAAGGAAAAAUGAAUUCCCAAGUUUAUCAAGACAUUUUGCAGGAGAACUUAAGGCCAUCUGUCUACCAGCUGAAGCUCAACAGAAGAUGGGUGUUGCAACAGGACAAUGACCCAAAGCAUAGAAGUAAAUCAACAACAGAAUGGCUUAAACAGAAGAAAAUACGCCUUCUGAAGUGACCCAGUCAGAGUCCUGACCUCAACCGAUUGAGAUGCUGUGGCAUGACCUCAAGAAAGCGAUUCACACCAGACAUCCCAAGAAUAUUGCUGAACUGAAACAGUUCUGUAAAGAGGAAUGGUCAAGAAUUACUCCUGACCGUUGUGCACGUCUGAUCUGCAACUACAGGAAACGUUUGGUUGAGGUUAUUGCUGCCAAAGGAGGUUCAACCAGUUAUUAAAUCCAAGGGUUCACAUACUUUUUCCACCUGCACUGUGAAUGUUGUGGUGUGUUCAAUAAAAACAUGGCAGCAUUUCAUUCUUUGUGUGUUAUUAGUUUAAGCAGACUGUGAUUGUCUAUUGUUGUGACUUAGAUGAUGAUCAGAUCACAUUUUAUGACCAAUUUGUGCAGAAAUCCAUAUCAUUCCAUCAUUCCUAAGGGUUCACAUACUUUUUCUUGCAACUGUACACACGCUCUGUCACACAGCACCUACACACACACACACACACACACACACAUAUAAAGAUGCACACACACACACACACACACACAUAUAAAGAUGCACACACACACACACACACACACACACACACACACACACACACAUAUAUAAAGAUGCACACACUGACACACAGAUAUAGGCACACUUAGAUACAUACAGGAACAAAUACACACACCUUGACACACAGAUGCAUUCUGACACACACACACUGACAAAUAAACAUAACUUGAUAUUCACACUGACACACACACACACACACAAACACUCAGAUACACAGUGACAAAUACACACACAUUGGCACAUAUACAGGCCAUGCUUUUUAUAUUUAUUUAAAUUUUUGUGGUUGAAGAGUUAAUCUAAUAAAUUGGAAGAGAUUUUUUUUACCCCAGAAAUAGACUUUGAUAAAUCUCCCCUGAAUUUACACUAGCUAAAUGGGUGAUGGCUGAGUCAGAUUGGCUAACUGGGGAUGCAUGGAGCUCAGGGAUCUCCCCAAGGAGAACCCCUGGUAAUGGGAUGGGGAGAGUAGGGAUUAUUAGGCAAGUCCAAGCUCAAAAAAGGCAAAAUAUGAAAUUAAAAGGAAACCGCAGGAAAGGGUGCAUCAUAAUUAUCUGAACAUUUUGGUCUCCCCACAUUAAGUAUCCAGAGAUGAAGAUGCAGGUGGUCUGAAAGCCCACAUGGAAGCCUGUAGGUCAGUACUUGCCCCAGGAGCAGGGUUCCCUACACGUUCUUCGUCUCUUCAUGAGACUCUGCUCUGUGCUGCAGUAAGACUCGCCUCUGUGUCGUAGGAUGAUCGUGCCCGGUCCGCCUCCGUUUUUGUGCCUUCACCACAGGGAGUGCUGAGGACUCCUGCUGGGGACUUGAAACUGACACUUCCUCCCAGCAUCCGAGACUACCGCUGGGUUAUGGUCUUAAACGGCCGUAGCACCUCACUGGGCCCCUGUUAGCAAUGCCCAUCGGGUGGUCCUAAGUGCAUGGGCCACCCAGUGGGCAAAUUGCGGCAGAACCCGGUUUUGUCCGCAGAACACCAGUUGGGAAACCCGGUAUUGUCUGCGGAACACCAAUUGGGAAACACUGCUAUAGAGAGUUCAGAGAAGAGCUACUAAACUGUUUCAUGGAUUGCAGGAUAAAAGUUACAAGAAAAGGUUAAAGGAUGUUAACAUGUAUAGCUUGGAGGAAAGACGAGACAGGGAGGAUAUGAUAGAAACAUUUAAAUACAUAAAUGGAGGAAACUAAGUUUAAAAGAAGAAAAACUAGCACAACAAGAGGACAUAGUCUUAAAUUAGAGGGGCAAAGAUUUAAAAAUAAUAUCAGGAAGUAUUACUUUACAGACGGCAGUGGAUGCAUGGUAUAGCCUUCCAGCUGAAGUGGUAGAGAUUAACACAAUAAAGGAGUUUAAGCAUGCAUGGGAUAAACAUAAGGCUAUCCUAGCUAUUCGAUAAAGCCAGGGACUAAUGAAAGUAUUUAGAAAAUAGUGCAGACUAGAUGGGCUGAAUGGUUUUUAUCUGCCGCCACAUUCUAUGUUUAGAAAUACACAUUUGUGUUUCUAAGCCGAUAAGUGUUGAAUGAUAAUGGCCAUUUUCAUAAGUCUUACUAUUUUAAAGACCACGGAUUUGUAUUCUGCUCCAGCUACCAGUACAGAAAUACCCAAGUGUAUACUAUUGACAGUUUUUUUGGGGGGGGAACUUUUUUUCUUAACUUAUAAUUUAAUUGUUUUUAUAGAUUUCAGAAGUUUACAUAAUGCACUACAUAUAUAAAAUACAAAUAGAUGAGAUUGUUCAUAAAUUAAGAGAAGAGAAAGAAAGGAAACUGUAACUAAGAGAGGACAUUUUGGUAAAAUUAGAGGCAUGGCUUAAUUUCACAUAUCUCUUUACUUGCUUCCCACAAAUAGUCUAGUUGAUAAUUAACUUAUUUGCAGCUACCACACUGUUAUGUGUAAUUCCCCCAAAAAAAACACAACAAAAACUUCAAAAUAUACUCAGUGGAGCACUAUAUAAAAUGCAUGCAAUCAAAACAUGAUAUCUAAAUAAUUAAAAAAGAUAUCCAUUAUCUCUCUACAAUCCGGUAUAUGUACCUUUAAGAAAACAAUUCCUCUCUAAAAUAGUGUAAAGCCUUUUAACCAACAUAAUAUAAAAGUGUCUAAAACGCAACACUCGCAUAUUCCAGUGCUAUAAAACCUAGCUCUGGUGUUAGAUGAUCUUUGGUAAUAAUAAGAUUGAUAAACAGUUUAAAAUGUAUAUAUGAUAUUUCCUUAUAUAUCGUAUAAACUUACAUAAAACCCAUAUAAAUAGUUAAAACUUUUAACAUAUAGGUAUUUCAGAACUUAGUUUAUCUAAAUUCAUUAUAAAACUUGUUCCUGCACAUCAGAGAGAGGUAAUAUUGAACUUAACCAUACAAAGCUACUGAGCCAUUUGAUAGGCUCUAUGCUUGUGAGUACAAUUUUUAAAAAACAUUUUUAUGAAAAAUAAACAUAAGAAAAAUGAUAUAUACUUUUUAGAGUGGAUAUCCCAUUCACAGUUUGAUAUUUUGAUUGCAUGCAUUUUAAAAGGACACUAUAGGCUCCCAGACCACUUCAUGUCAUCGAAGUGGUCUGGGCACAGUGUCCCUGUCUCACUUUUAUGUGGUUCUGGGAGGCUGAUUUCAGUCGAGUGUGCUAGGAUCGCUUUUAGCUGUAGGUAGGAGAAUAGUGUUUGGUGUGGUAAGUCAUAUUUCCGCUGCAGGUCUGGAACUGCAAUAGUGCCCCAUGGUGGUAAAGGUGUCUGACCAGUGUGCAUACCCACCGAUCCACGGUCGGUGGUCUAGUGUGGGGUUGGCUAAGUGUUAGCUGUAUGUGGGUGUAGCCAUCGUCCAUGCUUUUGUGUACCCCAGUUGUGGUUUUAUUGUGUCCCAUGUUUUCAAAAGUAGCUUUGUGGUGCUGGGCAUAACUGGAAGUUUUAGGGCGUAGAUUAUAUGGAACCCAGAAAAGGUAUUUUAGGCCUUUAGGACACGCCCACACUGACUCCAUUGUGGUGUGUUGUUUGCGGUACGUGACUGUAUGGCCGUGGCCAGGAGGGCAGCUCUGUAGUAUGAUUGCAUCUCCGGCAGGGCCCCCCCCCCCCGUUCCAGGGACCUAUUUAGUAAUGUAGCUACCUGGAUAUUGCGGUAGGCCCAUACAAAUCUAGUAAAGGUUUGUUGGUGUUAUCGCAAAUAUGUAUUGGGUACAUGUAUCUGUAGUGUUCUGAUUAGAUAGUGGAAUUUUGGGAGCAACAACAUCUUCACCGCUGCCAGCCUCCCCACCCAUGACAGGUACUUGUCAUCCCAUUUCCUCAAAGUAUGUCUGAUCUCACUCAAUAAUUUCCCAUAAUUAAGGUUCCGCAGUCCCGCCGGAUCUCUAGGAAUUCGCAGUCCCAAGAAGGUGGGAUGGUCAUCUCUACAUUCUGGUCUAUAUUGUGAUUGGGCACUCCCACCCCCAUUGCUUGAGUUUUCGUGAUGUUUAGUUUGUAGUAUGACUGCUCCCCAUACAGUUGUAUUUCCUGUAAAAGGUUUGGUAGCGAGACCUGUUGCUGUGUUGUGAUGGGCAAUUGUAGGUAUAAUACACAUUGCUAAAUUGUAUUUCUUUAAACUGCAACUGUUUCUUUAACUAAUAACCUUCUACCUACUUUCAGUACACAACAUGUUUUAAACCUAUUUUCAGUACACAACAUGUUUACUCCAUCUUGUCUUUGAUUAAUGCAAUAACAAUUCAAGGCUUUGCCUAGGUCAACCUAACUUCUAGUCCAAAUAAAGAUUAAAGAUGUCUAGGUUAUGACAAUAGACUGAUAAGGAUGUUUUUCUUUUCUUUUUAUAUAUGAACCGCUUUUAACCCUAAGGUGAAUUAACCCAUAAAUUACCAGUAGUAAUUAGAAAUGCUAUAAUAUAUAUAUAUAUAUAUACACACACACACACGAUCAAUGCUAGGCAGAGACUUGCUGACCGACUCUGGAGGUGACAUGUACUGAGAGAGAUUACCUGUAUAAUCAGGAGGGCAUGUUAUACUAAUACUUUAUAUAUAUAUAUAUAUAUAUAUAUAUAUAUAUAUAUAUAAUAUUGCAAGCAUAUAUUCAUUUACUUCUAUAUACUCUUCUUUAUGAUAUAUUAAUGGAUAUAUCUGUAUUCAUUUAUAUUCAAUAAACUAUUUUAAUAAGACAAAAGUUAUUGUUUCCAACUCCUAUUUUUAUUGUAUUCUCAAUUAUUUAUGGAUUUUAAAUAGAGAAACUCUAUACCGACUAAUAUAAUAUUUUCGCUAAGAUAGCUGUAUGAUUAGCCCUGCUAAAUUCUGUUUUAAGACGUUAUAGCGGUAAAUAGGGGUACUAGCGGUUACAGUGUGAGCGUAUGUAGUACAUCGUCAACGAGCAGGUACUCUUUCUCUCCUACUUGGAUGCCAUGAAUCGAGGUGUUUGUCCGUAUUUUGGUCGCUAAGGGCUCUAAUGCCAAUACAUAUAGCAGGGGGAACAGCCCUGCCUCGUGCCGUUUGUAAGCUGGAAUGGUUCGGACAGAAACCCCGAAUUAAGUACCUAUGCUGAGUGUGAACUUUACAGUGCCUCUAUCACUGACACAAAACCUUCUGGGAUGUCAAAUCUAUCUGCCUUCAAGAACCCCCAGUGUAGUCGAUCAAAGGCCUUUUCAGCAUCGAGAGAGACAAAUAGUCCCCCCCGCUGCUGUGUCUUCAAGAUAUGGAGGAGGUUGAUAACCUUUCUUGUGUUGUCCGACCCUUGUCUGCCCUUUAUAAAGUCCACCUGAUCGGUGUGGAUUAUGUGUGGCAGUAUGGUCCCUAGUCUGUUCGCGAAUAGUUUUGCAUCUGUAUUCAAGAGCGAGAUGGGACGAAAAUUUUGUGGGGAGGUUGGGGGUUUGUUCGGUUUUGGCAGUGUUUCGAUAUGGGCUAAUAGUAUUUUCUUGGGGAGCUGGCCAUGAAGAUCAGCGUCAUUGAAUGUUUUAACUAGGUAUGGAGUCCAUGUCGAACUGAAUUUUUUAUGAUAUGAGUUUUCGAAUCCGUCUGGUUCAGGGGACUUCCCCGUUGGGAGGGAUUUAAUUAUAGAUAGUAUUUCUUGGUUGUCUAUCGGUUUGGAGAGGUCUGCCUGCUGGCGUGGUGUGAGCUUUGGUAGCCUUACCCCAUCUAAGUAGUCAUUUAUACUAGUAUCGUUCAGUGUGUCGUCUUGUAAGUUAUAUAAAGUAGAAUAGUAUUUGGCAAAGACAUUGCUGAUACCCUUGGGUGGUGGUGUUUUGGUACCCUUGUUGUCCUUUAGGGAGGAGAUUUUUUGGUUUGCCUGUCUAGUUUUUUAUAUGGCGCGCUAAAAGCCUACUUGCCUUAUUACCCUGUAGAUAAUGGGUGAUUUUGAGUUUCUGCAUGUAGGUACCUAGCUGGUCGAUUGCCUGCUGGUGUAAGAGUCUGGUGAUGUGUGAUCCAGUCUCUCGCUGCUGGCAUUGGGUUAGUUUGUUUUUGCCUGUUUAAGUCGUAUAGUUCUUGUUGCCAAGCUCUGAGCUUGGAGUGAGUGAUCCUUUUCAUGUAGGCCGCCCUACGGAUCAGUAACCUUCUUGCUACCAUUUUGUGGGCAAGCCACACUGUCGCGUUUGUUACGUCCCCAGUAUCGUUAAACUUAAAAUAAGAUUUAAGGUCGCCUGUCAGGGUCUCGACGAAGUCCCCAUCUCUCAGCAAGGAAUCAUUUCGUUUCCAUGGGCUGCGAUGUUUAAAGUCAUACAUAUUUUUUAGUUCUAAGGUCACUGGUGCGUGGUCUGACCAAGGGAUUUGGUGUAUGUCGCACGAGAGUAGUUGGUUCAGGUGAAACCUGAUCGGAGGAAUCCGUGUAUUUUUGAGUAUGAGUUGUGAACUGUGGAAUAAUGUGUGUAUGCUUUUUUUCUGUGGGAUCUGUGAUCCUCCAUGUGUCGUAUAGGUGAUUAGCAUGGAGGAGUUUUGCAAUGGACCUGCAUUGCCAUUGCAGAGGGCAUUGGCUUCGGCUCUGUUGGGGGGAGUGUUGUAUCCAGUUUUGGGUCGAAGACAUGGUUGAAGUCCCCCCCUAAAACUGUAAUACCUUUUUGAAUGUUAGCUUCUCUUUGUAGGAUUUUAUGUAAGUAAUUUCUUUGGUUGGUGUUAGGGGAGUACACGUUCACUAUGGUGUAUAGCAUGUCGUUAAUCCUGUAACAAUUACAUAUCUGCCGUUAGUGUCUAUGUCAUGGGAUUAUAGUGCAAACUUAAUGUUUCUACUUAAUAGAAUGGAUGCCCUUCUGGACUUGGUGGGAGAAGUUGCAUGAAACUGAUGUGGGAAGUCUGUGGCCAGUAUCUUGGGGUGAUCAUUGUGCCGGAAAUGAGUCUCCUAUAAGCACAAUAUGUCCACUCCUAAGAUCUUGACCUCUCUAGUGAGAAGAUGACACUUUACUGGGGCAUUGAGUCCCCUAACAUUGAAGGUAUAUAACUUCAGUGUUUUUUUGGGAUGGAAUUUGGUGGAUAACAUGUAGUGGUUCAUUAUUGCUAAGGCCACCGCUCUCCCCUGCCUAGUCAAUCCGAGCCGUGGAGCCCUCCCUACUCUGGUUACUGUUCCCAUGUGGUCAGCGGAGUAGGGUGUCUGAUUUCUCAGUAGUGGUAAGAGCUUUGUGUGUGUAGGUGGUAGUGUCGGGUCACUCACUAACCCUGCACCAUCCAAUAUACCAUCCAAUAUAACAUUAUGAGAAACAUACAGCUUUCGGUUAGGCUAGAAAACAUAAUUAACACAAAAGAAAGUAUAUACAAGAACAUAUAAUGCCAGUAUAAUGGCUUGGCACUGCAUUAUCGUGCCACAGGGGGAGAAACUUAGGGCCUCACACCCACUGGGAGCUCCCUCCCUGAAUGGCUUUAUAUAUUUUCCAUCUAGGUGUUCUAGCCCUGUAUUGAACUUCUAUAGUGUAUUCCCAGUCCAGCUUCAUAGCAACUCCUUCAGUACAGUCUUGUGGGUAUGCGUGAGCUCUGACAUAUUAAUACCCGCUCAUUGUGCUUGUUCUUAUUGUGAAUGACCCCUCUUAAGGUGGAGCCGUCACAGCAAUCAAGUUCCCCUAAUCUGUGGGAAUUGGGUAUAGUGGGCCUGUUCUGUUUUUUUUUUUGUUUGUGUUUUUUCUUUUAUUUAUUGUGGCAUCUAAUUAGGGGUUUUAGGCCUCUCGCGUACCUGUGACCAGCUGGCAGUUGAUCUCCCGCUAUCUCUCUAGUCCCUGUGCCUGUCAUGAAAAAAGAAAAUGCUACGUUACCCUGACCCAGUGAUUGUUGAUCAUCAUGGAUUAAGGAGCUCGGGGUACCGGGGUGCAUACACUCAUAGUCCAAAAGUCUUAUGUUUUCUUCGCCUUCUUCCACUCCGGCGACACUCUGAUCCUGCUCCUCUCCACGCUGGGUUGCUCAAGUGGUGCAAUGUUCCAUGAGCUCAGUAUGCGGUUUCCUUCCUCUGGGGUCCCUGCAUAUAUGUUGCAUAUGUAUCCAUUAUUUCCUUUUAUCGGAAGCCAAAAGAGUUUGCACUCACUUCCAUCUUACUGUCUGCCUUAUGAGAUUUACAUGGAGUAUGGGCUAUUUGUUUUUCUGUACGAAGUAAUCUUACUGUGAAGCAAUGGUAUAAUCAAGUCUUAAUAUAUUAUUAAACAUUAUGAACAAUUUAAGUUAAGCUUUAUCAAAAGCAUUUUACGUAUAAUGAAAACGCUAAAUCCAUAACAAAAUCAACAUUUGUUUCACCCAGAUUUAGUCUUCCCUUCUCUUGAUACUAUAAGUUUGGUGGGAUGCCCCCAUCGGUAAGGAAGAUGGUGCUCUCUUAGUUGCGUGGUAAUCAUCUUGAAUUCCCUCCGGCGCUUUAGGGUGUAGGCAGAGAUAUCCGUGAAGAUGGUCAUCCCUCUGCAUGCAGAAGGCAGCUCUUUGUGUUUUCUGUUUGCGUUGAGAACUGCUUCUUUAGUGUGAAAAUAGUGCAUCCUGAUCAACACAUCCCUAGGUGUGUCCGGGGGUAGGAAUUUUGGCUUGGUGGUCAAUGGAUCAUGUCAAGGAGGAACAGGUCGUGUGGCAGGUCUGGCACAAGCUCUCUCAGCUGGCCUAUUACAUGGGCUGUAAUCUCAGCUGUGCCCACAAUUUCGGCAAUGCCCCGUAUGCGUACGUUAUUGCGGCAGGCACGUUCCUCCGUGUCCGCCAGCCUGAUGUCUUGUUCAUCUAGACUGGAGGUAAGGUAACCGUGCACGCCAGAGUGUAGUGUGCCUCCGCACGUUCCGCUUGGUGAUCUUCUACGUGGGACGUUCGGCUGCCUAGAUCUUUCAGGUCUUUGCGAAGCUCUUUUAUGGCUGUAUCCAGUUUUGCCAAUAUCUUAUCGGACAUUUCGUCCAGGAGGUUUUUUUUAAUGAGUUUUGUGUCAGCAUGGCUUCCAGUUGUACAGGCACUGAUGUAUUUUCUUGUUCAGCAUCCACGCCAUCUUGGGCCUGUUCAGGCUGGUAUGAGGCUCGCCCUUGCCCGGCUCUGGAGGCGAAGAAAUUCAGCAUGUCUCCUCUCUCCAUGGUCCUUUUCCCUUUAGAUAGCAACAUUGUGAGGAGGAUUUUCUUUUCUUUUUUUAUUUUUUAUUUCGGGCUGUAAUUGCUCAUUAAUAGCCCUCGAGGUACGGAGCUUCAACUAUAUGCGUCUACUCCGUUCCGAGACCAGGACAAGCCCCAUAAUUUUUGUAAUUUAAUCAUAAUUAACUCUAACCCUAGCUAACACACCAUGGGAUUUCAUGCAAUUUUUUGCAGUUUGACCCAUAGGUUGAGUGAUUACUGUGAAAGCAAUCACAGUGAACAGAUUUUCUUAGUGAUCAACUAAGGCAUCAUUUGUCUCCUAAGGUGAUCAGCCAGCCUGGAAUACAAUCUGCUUUUAGUAAAGCCAUGCCAAUCUACGUGUGCACGGGGCAGAGAGGAUGUCUGCAGCCCAGCAGUAUGGGUUGAGGCAGAAGAUAGCGUGACAGGGGAACCUCUGUAUUGGUAUUCUUGGCCGCCUUGAGUCUGAAGUAGCCAGCUGUAUCUCAGAACAUUUCACGAAUGGCAUGUACUGUAGCUCCCACAAACCACCAUGCACUUUUGGUGAGAACCACAAUUUGUGGGCCUUUUGAAACAGAUGGUGUACAGAGUGCUGCCACUGUUGGAAACAGAUAAAACUAUAGAAAUGUAUCUAGGAGCUUGCAUAGUGCUUUACAAAAGGUACUGAUUUAAGUUAGCAUACAUGUUUCAAAUUAAUUAUUGCUAAUGAUUUAUUUUUAAUGAGCUGAUCCGGUAUGUUUUGUAGAGAAUUUAGUAUGCCAUUAAAUGUAAUGGCUGUCUUGCUGCAUGCAAUUUUAUUAUUUUGAAGCUUUCAGCAUUGAUCGUAAAGCAGGUCCUGCUUUAAGUUUAUUCAUCGAUAUUAUAAAACCUGUAAUGUGAUUUUUGACUGCAUGAACAGUCCAAAUAAGUAGAAUAUAUUUAUGCCAGCAAUGACUUUAACAUUCAUUGGGAAGUUUUGUAUAAUGUUAACAUCUUCAUUUAUGGAAAUUACCAAAAAUAGUUUUAGAACAUUGGAACUACAUAAGCCUGCAGCAUGUUCCUCUUUGCACAACUCAUUCCUUCCUUUUUUUUUUUCUUCCUAUAUCAUGUUUGCUUCCUGAAUUCCCAUGCAUUUUUGUUUUCUGACAUUCCCAUAACGCUUGCUCGGGUGGGGAUAUUGCACAUUACUAAGUUGCAUGUUUUCUCAGUGCAAUUUAGUAUGUGUGAUAUUUUCAUAUGAGUGCAUGCACGGGCCUGCAUAUAUGUUGCAUAUGUAUCCAUUAUUUCCUUUAAUCGGAAGCCAAAUGAGUUUGCACUCACUUCCAUCUUACUGUCUGCCUUAUAAAAUUUACAUGGGUUAUGGGCUAUUUGUGUUUUUGUACUAAGUAAUCUUACUGUGAAGCAAUGGUAUAAUCAAGUCUAAAUAUAUUAUUAAACAUUAUGAACAAUUUAAGUUACGCUUUAUCAAAAGCAUUUUACAUAUAAUGAAAACUCUAAAUCCAUAACAAAAUCAACAUUUGUUUCAACCAGAUUUAGUAAAAAAAAAUGAUUUAUUUCACUGUUAUUGUUAAGCAUUGUGUAUGUGCAUAAAACAUUUGCUGUGGUAAUGUGCAUGCUUGCCAUUUGAAGUGUUUGAUUUGUACAACUCUGCCAAACUAAUAUUUUUACUUCUGUUCUUUCUUUUUGAAUGAUGUGUUUUUCAUUUUUAGGGGUGUAUUUGAUGCUUCCCUAAAAAUGGCAUGCUUCUAUGGACUAUAUACUUGGCUCACUCAUACAGUCUUUGGGAUAAACAUUGUCUUUAUACCAUCUGGUAAGAUUUAUCUCGGUACUCAGAUCCAGAUAUUUUAAAUAUAUGCUUGUAAAUAAGCACUGGUGUGUUUAUAAACUAAUUUUGUUAGUGCUAUAAAUAAUUACACAGUAACGUGUGUGUGUGUGUGUGUGUGUGUUGUAUGCACAGGACACUGGGGUUUUGCAAAACGCAAAUCUAGAGGACACAGGAGUACAACACAUACCAUGAGCUUGCUUACAGCUUACCAUAAUAUCUUACAUUACCUGUGUUUUUUUGCAACCAGAUUGAGCUUUGGUGUUUCUUGCUUUAAAAUGUAGUUAAUCGUGUAAAGGUGAGUGAUAUUCUUGAGAAUCAAAUGCUUACUGAUUGAUGACAGAACUUGCCUUGUAUAUGUUUAUGCUCACCAAGUGGGAUUAGCAACUCUGUUCUAUUAGGAUCUUGGCUCAGAAAAUGAAACUAACGUCAACUAAACACAAAAUUAAACUAACCUCUUUUCUUCUGGCCUCUAUAAUAGACUGAUACAAUUUAAUAGCGUUCAUUUAAAAUAAAACAGGACAUUUUUAUAAAUAAUGACUAGUUCCUUAAUACGUUCUACACAGCUGCCAUAAUUUAAGUAGAACUUUUUUGUUUGUUUUUUUUGACUGGGGGCAAUGCCUAAUUAAUAUAUAAUAAAACCCAUGUCUAUAUGAGUGAUAUUCAACAUCAACAUAAACAUGCACUGAUUAAGAAUAUAUAUUUAUUACAUAAUGUUUUAGUAGUUUAAUUAUCUUAAUAUUUACUCAACUGCUGCAUGGUGUAUUUGAUUUUCAUGGUGUAACACUUAAGGUGUGCCCAAAAUUUAGAUUUUCCAUUGCAGUGUCUUUGCCUAUAUUCAAAGUCUGCAAUUUGAACAGCUUUAAUUGUAAUAUACGUGCUUAUAGUCUCAUGUUUUUUUCCCAUGUCUUCUGCACCUUAGCUCUAGCAGCAAUCCUUGGAGCUGUGCCAUUUCUUGGAACAUACUGGGCAGCUGUGCCAGCUAUGUUGGAUCUUUGGUUUGCCCAAGGAGAAAGCUGUAAAGCAGUGUUGCUCUUAGUGUGCCAUUUAUUGCCAACAUACUGUGUGGAUACAGCAAUUUACUCUGAUAUUUCUGGGUGAGUAUUAAAUUGGAACAGAGCUGAGGGUUUACUGAAUGUAUUCUAUCUUUUAUUUUCUUCUUCUUAAAGAGGUACUGUCACUUUUUCACUCUAACCAGUGUUUUGUACACAAUUCCUAUUGUAAUGGUUUCUCUUUAGGUAUAAAUGAUUUUGUAUUGUUAAAAAAAAACAAAAAAAAAACUGUAAUGGUUAAGUCUCCUAAAAGGCAUUACAAGCUUGUAGAAAUUGCACUACAAGAAAGAUUCACAAAGUGGGAUUAUUGUCAUAGAUGAUCUCUCCCCCCACUCCCCCACUAAGUGUGCAUGUGUGUAUAUACACACACAUAAUCCUUGAACAAUCAGCACACAAUCAAAUUUACUUUUACAUUUAUGUUCACAAGCGUCAAUGCUUCAAUUCCAUGCUUGAAUUUUCAUCAGGACAAUUGAAUAUAAAGGAAACUUGAAAUUAGAAGGCAGAUAGUGUGGGCUAAUCAAUGAUUAUAUUGUUACAAUGUCAAGGAGUGGGAUAUACUAGUCAGCAAGUGAACAGUCAGUUCUUGAAUUUCAUGUGUUGGAAACAGGAAAAAUGGACAAGUGAAAAAAAUCUGAGCGAUGUGUCAGGAUUUUGGGCUUGUUGAUGGAUGUAGUGAGUUAAGGUAAACUUAUGUACAAUAGAACAGUGGAGCGCUUAUUUAUAAUUGUGGUACACCACAUGCAAUACCAGUGAUGCACUUAAAUAAACACUUAACUUUUUAUACAUAGAUGUAUAUUCUGUUGUAGUGGUACCUUUAUGAAAAAAAUAAAGUGUACAUAGUGCAAACUAUUAAACACUUAUGAAUGUGAUAUUUGUAAUAACAAGGGAACACGCACAGAUUCCAGAGCUAUGAAAACCUAGCUCUUGUAUGAAGCACUUGAGUCAGUUUAGGGCGACCCCCUCCCCUUUUCCAAUGGAUAGAAAUAUAGGCUCCCUUGGUAUCUCUGGAAAAUGUAUACACAAAAUAUAGUGAAGUUCCGUUUGGAUAUAUAGCAACAAAUAAGUAGAGCUGUUAUACUCACAAGAGUAGAGCCUUUGAACUGGCUCAGUAAAACAACUCCCUUCUUUACACCACUGGAAUCCAUAAGGUAGAAGUGUAUAUAUAUAUUUUAUUUGAUACAAUAUAAAAACAAUAAAAAAUAAAUAAAUAUAACUAUCAGUCUCUGACUUAAAAGUCCAUAUGCAGAUGAGAAAAAAAAAAAAAAAAAAACUUUUCUAGAAAUAUAUUUUGAGUUAUAAGUUUCUGACACAUCUAUAUCUAUAUACAGUUAAGGUAAACUUGUCUGGUCUGAUCAUGAAGAAGAGCUACUGUAGCUCAAAUUGCAGAACACUUAAUACUGGUCAUGAUAGAAAGGUGUCAGAACACACAGUGCAUCGUAGUUUGCUGCAUAUGGGGCUGCAUAGCAAACCGGUUACAGUGCCCAUGAUGACCUCUGUAAACCACGAAAAGCGCCUUUAAUGGGCAUGUGAGCAUCAGAGCCUCAUGGAGCAAUGGAAAAAGGUUGCCUGACUGAUGAUCAGGUGGAUGUCCAUGCCUCAAUGCAUCAGAGCUUUUUUGGCAGCAUGUGGGGGACCUACACGAUGUUAGACUGGUAGUUUCAAUGUUGAUCAAUGUGUAUGUAUAUGUAUAUGUGUGUGUGUGUGUGUGUGUGUGUGUGUGUGUGUGUGUAUAUAUAUAUAUAUAAUCUCUUGCUGUGCUGAAGCACCUCUUUACAAACCUACAUCAGUAGAGAUAUGCAUAGUAUCAUUGACAAAUGCAUACCACCAAAUGUGUAUGGGUUAUAUAAAAAAUAUUUGUCAAUGUAAAGUAGAAGAAGCAUAUUUUGUUCUUGGCCAUUUAUAAUCAUGCUUUUCUUUAUUAUGUAGAGGUGGCCAUCCUUAUCUGACUGGCCUGGCAGUGGCUGGAGGAGCAUAUUAUUUAGGACUGGAAGGUGCAAUUAUAGGUCCCAUCCUCCUUUGUAUACUGGUGGUUGCUUCUAAUAUCUACCGGGCAAUGCUUAUGAGCCCAACUUCAUCAGUGCCAACUCCUUCAUCAACUCCAUGGCCAUUACAAAUACAUCGGUAAGGAAACUGUUUAUCCACGUUUUGUUUUUUUAAUAUAGUUUCUUUGACAUAAACAUUGUCUUCAUAAUCCUAUGUUAUAUACAAGAUAUUCUUUAGUCUUUGGAAAGAAAAUGAUUAUGAAGAUACUACAAUGUUCAUGUCAGCGUUUCAUAUUAUUGCGGCAGGUUCCUGGUUUAUGAAUUCUUUAUAAAAUACAUUUCUAAUUAGCCAACUUAUAAUGCCCUUAGACACAAUUAAAAUUCAGUGUGCCAAUCUGCUAGUUAUGUGAGAUACAACUAAUUGGAUGGACCCAGUGUCCAUUACCAAGGAGUUUUAUUAUAGAUAUUAAAAUCUAUCACUUCAUAUGCCUUAGCAUUGAAUAUGUGUUUCCUUUUAUAUCCCUAUCAAUUUUCUUCCAUGUUUUUAUGAUUACUAGGACUUUUGUUUUAUUUUAUUAAAAAUAUACUUUGUUUCUCAUUUGGGUUUUAUUCUAGGCAAUUCAGGGAAAAUCUUCCAAGAGAUGACGCUUCCCAAGCUGAAUGAAAGUCAUGAAAACUUCUAAUCGCUAAAAUUAAUCUUAAGAGUUGGUGGCCUUCAGACACCGUUUAUGGCCUGUAAUGUGCUGAAUAUGCCCUUAGGCUUUCUGCAGCGUGAAAGAGUAUUUUUAGUGGAAACAUUCAACCUUUGCAUAGUGGAUCCAUAGGAAAACUUGAUGCUACUUCGAUUUUAUACAUCUGGGAGAAGGAUCUACAAGCCUUUUGUAUGAACACCUUAAAUGAAGUCAUUUGGAUUUUUUCCACUCAUAAGAACAAUUAUAUAAGACCUUACAGCAGGGGAGUCAAACCGUGUCACCCAGGUAUUGAUAGUUUGCAACUCCCAUAAUUAUCUUACAGGCAGAGUGGCUCACUGAUAGUUGCGGGAAUUGUACAUCACAAACAGCUGGGAGUCACAGGUCAUCACACCUGCCUUAAAGUGUUAAUGGACAUAUGAAGGAGUGCUCACAUGCAUACUAGGGUAAAAUAACUGUGCAAAAAACAAGAUCUUUUCCAAAUGAUAUCCAUUUUGAAUUACAACCUACCAGCACAAUAAUGAAAUAUGCUACAAGCAUAUUGUACAAUGUUCAAAACGUUUUACUCUGUACUGAUUUAUUCAACACAUUAAAAAAGGCUUAGAUAUAUACAGUUAUUUAGGUUGACCUACCUUAAAAAAGAAAGCUAAUGCACAUGAUAAGACAUUUCAUGUUUUCUCCAAAUUAUGUGCAUGUGUUUAAAAAUAACAAAAACAUUCAUAAACUUGCGUUUCAGCAUUUUUAUUUUUUAUAUAUUUUUUUUAAAUCUAACCUAAUGCAGUUUGAAUUUCUUUAUAGAUUAACGUAAAGAUUGUUUUCUUUGACAGAUCUGCUUCAUUAGUUUGUAUUCACUUCCAGUUUUCACAUAAAGGCAAUGUACCUGUUGAGUAUAUGUUUCAUUGCACUAGAAAAGGAAAACUAAAUGUUAUUGUAAAGAUUGUUUUCUUAGUUGACAGAUCUGUUUCACCUGUUUUUGUGUCCACUUUCAGUUUUCACACAAAAGCAAUGUACCUGUUGAGUAUACAUUUCAUAGCACUAGAAAAAGACAACUAAAUAUCCAAAACUUAAAAGCUUUGUCAAAAAGCUACUUUUUUUCUGUGGCCAAAGCAUUUGCACUUUAAGCAUAUUGAAAUGCAAAUAUAUUACUUAAUACUAUUAAUGUUUGUCACUCUGAUUUGUACACACUGAUUGUUUAUAUUCUAGGUAUAUUUGUAUUGUUCUUGCUGUAUUGUUUUAUUUUAAAGGGGAAUUGUCACUUCCCAGGAUUUUUAAUAUCAUGUUUACUUAUCCUUUUAUUUGAUCUGGUAUUCCACACCUCUUUAUCCUGUAACUAAGUGCCUCCAUCUUAGCUCUCUGCCAGUCCUUUGCACCUUGCAGUCAGCAUAGACAAAACACACGAGAAUAUGAGAAUGGAAGCAAUGUUUUGGGUUUUUCUUUUGUUUGUGUUAAUUUUUGUAUUUUCUUCAUUUGUGAUGUUUGACUUGGCUUUGCCUUGUAUGAACUGUAUUUUGUCACUUGCUAAAUAGUUAAUAUAAAUUUUUAAAAGAAAAGGAGUAUCUCAUUAAAUAAAAAGGUUAACACAAGUUACAGGUAAUUUUUAAUAUUUUAUUCCAUGGUGUAAAUUCCAGAGAAGUGACACUUACCCUUUAAGGGAAGGGGCAAACAGACCUUGUCUGCCUCUCUUCUACCUUCCCAUGCAACAUUUAUGAAUUGUGUGGCCUUCACAUGCAUAAACACAUUCUAAACACAAUUUAAUAUGGUACAACAUUGGCAACAUUGUGUUUAAAGAGUGUUUGUGAUAAUAUAAGCCAGGAUACCAAGAUUUUAAAAUUUAUUUUUUAAUCACAAUUAGAGCAUUUCUUUUGAAACAAUAAAACGAGCAUUUGUGUUACAAUUUUACUUUUUUUUUUUUUUUAGGCUUUUUAUAGUUAGGUUUUCUUUGUUUGUAGAUAUGUUUAUAAAGAAUACAUAUAGUUGCCAUGGUUUCAUGCUUUUACAGUUACUUGGAAGAGAAACCUCCAAGUCAAAACAAACAGUAGUGGAAACAUUAUCUUUUUUAUCUAUAGUGUGUAUAUAUAUAUAUAUAUAUAUAUAUAUAUAUAUAUAGAUAUAGAUAUAGAUAUAGAUAUAGAUAUAGAUAUAGCUAUAGAUAUAUAGAUAUACACACAUCAAAAGGAAAAACGAUUAAUAUUCAAUACUAACAUAACCAAACGACAGUAAAAAGAAAGGAAUUAAAACAGUAACCAGCUCAAUUUCUGAGGAUUUCACUUAUAUAGUUAUUCACUUAAGUGGGAAUUCAAAGUUAAUUUGAACUCUUUAAGGUCAAAAUAGCCGAACUGGAAAAAGUCUCCAAGUCACUUAUGUUUUCUGUUCAGCUACUCUGGCCUUAAAUUCUUACUUUGGUAAAUAACCCUGUUAGUAUACAAUUUGGACCACUUAACAUAAACAUUAAAAAUACAUAUGUUUUUCUUUGGAACCUAUUUAUCCACUUAAAGGGUUACUCCAAGCACCAUGACCACUUCAGUAACUUGAAGUGGUUAUGGUUCCUGAAGUCUGUAUGAGCAGAGUUUAUCUAUGAAAUUAACAUUGGAUACCAAUGUUGUAAUACACAGUCUAUAACUGAACCGGUAGGGAUGUCAUGCAAUGGUGGCUGGUAAAGUUUUAGGGUGCCAGACCCCUCCCCUGGAUUUUGUAUCCAUCACUUCUGUAGUCACCAUCUUCUGGCAUGCGGCAUCUGUCUGCUUGAUAUCAUGUACUCAAACCCUAAUGAUAGUCUCCAUAAAAUAUACGGAGAUCCUUAUACAAUACUCAGGUACCUUUACACCAUACAGAUAUACCAAUAAAAUAGACAGAGUAAGGUACAAUACAGAGAUUACCCAUACAACACAAUGCUUCAGUUUUCUCUAACUCUAGCUCUCACUUUUUUAACACCCUCUUCUGUCCUAUGACAAGUUUAGUGUUUCAGUAAAUGGUGCUGCUAUGAAACAUAUCAGCUACGUUUGACUCAUUAUUGGUUACCAACACAGGGUUAAAGCAGCAGGAAAGGCCUGACAUUUAAUCAGCUGCAGACCACCUUGCCGUACAGUAGCCCGUUUCCGGUAAAAAGGCUUCGUAAUAUAAUUUUAUGAGUCCACAAGCGAAACAAGUAUUAGAUUACAACCGGAGUAUUCCAGUGAAAUAAGCAUAAAGCAUCUUCCUCUAACAAGAUUCGUAGUGACUCACUGGUAAGAUGAUAGAUUUGGGCACCCUUGGAAUUAGGGAUGUAAUGCAUUAAUUCCAUCAGUAGAGUGAACUGACAUGUUGGAGGCUUAUGAUUGGACCUUUUGAAUUUCUUAUUUGCAUAAUGGGACGGCUGUUCUUUGGCACUGAAAACGGAUGGCUACUCACCACCGAUUGGCUUAAACUUUAAUUUCAGCAAGGCACCUGGAAUAUAAAAGGGAUGUUUAGGUCAGUACAGAUUUAACUCCUGACUAGGGUGCACUCUUGUGGCACCAAAACGCGCGUCGGGUUUUUCUUUGUUUCACUAAUUUUAACUGAGCACUCUAUCACUUUGUGCAGGUAACCAACAAUCUUAGUAUGGUUCUGCAGACUUAUAUGUCAUAGUUUUCGCUUAUCAUUUUCCUCCUUCCUAAUCAUGAACCUAUCUUUAGGGGUGCAUAUCUCACGAUCAUUUGCAAUAUAAAUGGUGGGGCUUAUUUAGAGUGAUGUUAGCUUGGCAAAGAUCCUCUGAUUUUGUAGUCUAAGCUUUACUCCUAGCUACUAAUCGCAGCUCUUUAGCAAGUUUAGAAAGGGGUAAGGCUUUGAGAGACUAAACUAUUCAGUGAUGCUUGGAUUCUUUAGCCGAAGUUCGCAAUGCUCGUUACAUUUUUAAACUCCUAAUUGCUUCUGAGUGACAAAUAGAUACGUUGUGUCAUUUAAGCAUUGAAUGAAACACACUUUCUAAUUUGCAGUUACACAGUAUGGGUGGUUUUUUACCUCCAUACAUUCUUAGUGUUGCAUUCACCCCUUAAAAAGGUCCGCAGAUACCCCUAGCUUAAUUAGGUAGCACUAAUUAUCAUUAUUUCUUUGCUACAUUCAUCUUUUAAGCUAUUGAUAUUUUUGAGAGUUGUUCAGAGGGAUCUGUUUCCUGAUUAGGCUCCCGGUUUUUGUACAUUUAUAUUUAGUUACAGACAGGGAACUUGUGAAUGAUUAUUAAGUGCCAAGGGAGUUGGAGGUGAGCCUAUUAGCGGUAGUUUUUAUUUUUAUCUGGUUCUGACCUUCCAAGGUGGGAGCACGGUUAGAUACUGUUAUGUUCUAAUUUAGUAUUUUUUUCAUUUUUGAUACAGUAUUUUAAAUGUUUCAUUAUUAUAAAUUUGAAUUCCAGUUGAUACUUUACGAUCUGGAUUUUAUAUCCAGUAGUUGGAGUAUCCUUAAUGUUUCAUGCAUAGGGGUUAUGCCCCACGACACUUCUGGAGUGUCUACUAAGGUGUUAUUCUCUACAAGCUGGGAGGGCUAGUCCGUUUUGGAACAGCCACCACUUGUAGAAUUAUUUCUGUAUUAGUAAGUUUGCCUGUAGUAAGCUUCUCUAAUGUGAGCUUGUGUAUGGAUCAGGGAACCUGUGUGUGUCUGUGAGCUUGUAUGUGUCGGUGAGCUUUUAGUGAUCUUGUAUGUGUCAGUGUGCUUGUGUAUGGAUCAGAGAGCUUGUGUCUGUUGGUGAGCUUGUGUGUGUGUCAGUGAGCUUGUAGUGAACUUGUGUGUGUCAGUGAGUAUCACACUUACUGACACACUUGUGUGUGUCAGUGAGCUUGUAUGUGUCGGUGAUCUUGUAGUGAUCUUGUAUGUGUCAGUGUGCUUGUGUAUGGAUCAGAGAGCUUGUGUGUGUCUGAGCUUGUAGUAAGCGUGUGUGUGUGUCAGUGAGCUUGUAGUGAACUUGUGUGUGUCACACUUAUUGACACCCUUGCGUGUGUCAGUAAGUGUGUGUGUGUGUCAGUGAGCUUGUAGUAAGCUUGUGUGUGCCAGUGAGCUUGUGUGUGUCAGCUUGUGUAUGGAUCAGGGAGCUUGUGUGUGCCAGUCAGCUUGUGUAUAUCAGUGAACUUGUAUGCUUGUGUGUGUCAGUCAGCUUGUCUGUAGUGAGCUUAUGUAUGGAUAAGGGAGCUUGUGUGUGUCACUGAGCUUGUGUGCAAUGAGUUUGUGUGUGUGUGUCAGUAAGUUUGUCUAUAGUAAACAGUCUAUUGUGAACUUGUGUGGGUCAGAAAGCUUCUGUAUGUCAGUGAGCCUGUGUAUGGAUAAGGAAGCUUGUGUGUGUCAGUGAGCUUGUGUGUAUCAGUGAACUUGUACUGUGCUUGUGUUUGUCAGUGAGCUUGUUGUAAGCUUGUGUGUGUCCGUGAGAUUGCCUGUAGUAAGCUUGUCUAUUGUGAGCUUGUGUGGGUCCGAGAGCUUCUGUAUGUCAGUGAGCUUGUGUGUGUGUCAGCGAGCUUGCCUGUAGUAAGAUUGUCUGUUGUGAUCUUGUGUAUGGGGCAGGGAGCUUCUGUGUGUUUGUGAGCUUGUGUGUCAGUAAGCUUGCCUGUAGUAAGCUUGUCUAUUGUGAGCUUGUGUGGGUCAGAGAGGUUCUGCAUGUCAGACUUUGUGUGUGUCAGUGAGCUUGUCUGUAGUAGGCUUGUGUAUGGGGGCAGGGAGCUUGUGUGUGUGUUGGUGAUCUUGUGUGUCCAUGAGCUUGCCUGUAGUAAUCUUGUGUGGGUCAGAGAGCUUUUGUGUGUCAUGGAGCUUGUGUGGGUUAGAGCACUUCAGUGUUCAUUAGUGAGCUAAUGUGGGUCAGAGAGGUUGUGUGUGUCAGUGAGCUUGUCUGUAGAGUGCUGGAGUGAACUUGUCAACAAGCUUGUAGGUUGUGAGCUUGUGCAUGGGUCAGAGAGCAUUUGUGUGUAUCGGUGAGCUUGUUUGUGUUGUUGAGUCUGGCUGUAGUUAGCUUGUGAGUGUCAGUGAGCCGGUGUGUGUGCCAUUGAGCUUGAUUGAUUUUUUAAUGUGUAACAUGCUUUUAUAUAUUUGCUGCAAUUAUACCAGUGGCAGGUUGAUACCGAUAUGCUGAUAUUCGGCAUGGAUGAUUGCCCUGCUUAAAGAAUUGUCCCCAAGCCAGUCACAACAGAGAGGGGGUGGCUUGGAGGGUGGAUGUUACAGCACCCAUGGAUCAUCUGAAGCGAAGGGCUGUAGGUAAGAAGAAAUAUAAUGGCUCACAAAGCACAUAAAUAUAAACAAUACAAACACACUAUGUGACACGAAGAAUUAGCUGCUUUCUGUUCCCAGUCCGGCCCUGGCAGACCAUGAGACUGGUAGGGAGAAAAAAAAGACAAUAUUAUAGAAUAUUAUAUCUUCCUUCAGCACCAAAAAAGCCAAAUGAAAAUCCAUAAUGUUGCAUAGAAACUAUUAAAAUAGAAAAAGGACCGAAUCACCCCCCCAAGAAAUCAUGCUGAAAUAAAAAAAAUGCCCUAUGAAAAACAAUCCAUCUUCCCCAAUGCGAUGGCUCUGCACAUACUGAGCUUGCAGGGCAGGAAAACCUUAUAAAUUUGACCACUGAGCCGGUCUCUUAGAGGGUGACACCCUCACCCCGUUAACUUACAGUACUGCCUCAGUAACAUUGGCACUUGAUUACGAAGACAAACACCCUUUCAAAGCGUACUUCUGUACUUGAACCUGCUCUGUUUUCCACAGACUGGAAGAUACGUAUAGUUUCUCAUCAUGAGUGACUCACCUCAAUCUCCCACUCAAGACUCAGUCUUUGAUCAACGCUGCAGUAGCAGCCUCAGUGGAAAAGGCCAUCUCCAAAACACUGGUACAAGACCCCCCAGAAGCCACGGGCCCCUGAUGAACCACUUGCUACUGACGCCAUGGGUUUUGAAACAGUACCCAAACGACAUUGGAAGGGCACCAACUUGGGCCCUUGAAAGACUAAAGGCAAAGCCCCGCUGAAACAAAGCCACCAAGUAGAGAUACAGGAUCUGACUCCCACUCCAUUUCUGUCUUUGGAUGAGGAAGGGUCUCUCCCUCCCCCCUCUCUAGUGGUAGUUGAUGAAUCCGAGGAGGAAGAAUGGCAAGGUGUGCCUCAAUCGGACUCUCGUUAUGUCCAAGAUGGUCCCUUUCAAAAGGGAGACUCCCACAAAACCGCGGACCAAGAUGAGAUGGUACUUUUGUUGCCCCACAUGGUGUGCCUCUGUUUAACCCUCACACAAUCAGACACGUGAGGUCUUCGGAAUGCCAGAACAGCCAGAUCAUCUGGCACAAUUUAUUAAUUUCUGGUUACAGAAAGCUAUAAAGAAGGAGGUGCACUCUCGCCUUUGGACUGAAUACCCUCGCCCCCCAAAAUUCACCAAAGGUGCUGUGCAAUUCGCUCCAGAUGACACUGGAUAUUUCAGCUAUAUCUUUGUGGUCAGGAAGAAGACGGGAGACUAUUGACCCAUCCUCAACCUACGCCAACUCAAAGGGAUCAUCCAUCUGUUGCGGGAUCUACUCCUGUCAUAAGAUUACAGAUCUGUGUUUAGUGCAAUAUUUCAAUAGUUACUUAACUAGCUUUGAUGAGAAUCAGUGGUAAACCAGCAAGUAUACCUUAAACAAAAAAAUAGUAGACAAUAGUGUAAAAUCUUAUUAUAUAUUUUAAGGUAAAAAAUCUUAUAUGGUCCAGAGCUAAUCCACCUAGCUCUGGUGUGUAUUGCUUUUAGCUCCCCUCUCCCGUAUGAGUUCUUUUAAUGGAUCCCUUUAUCCAGUGAUCUAUCUCAGAGUGAAACUAAAUUUUGGAAAUAGUGUUAUAUUGCUUUAAGAGAGAAACCUAUGAGUAGUAAUUGUUUUACUCGCAAACGUGGAGCCUGCAUCUUGACUUCGUAUUGUAGCUUUGUAUGGUUGAGGACCACACCACCUUCUUUUAUAAGUGCAGGAACACUCACAUGGUCCAGAGUUAAUCCACCUAGCUCUGGUGGGUAUAGCUUUUGGGUUUGUUUGGUUGACCUCUCCCCUCUCCCGUAUUAGUUCUUUUAAUGGAUCCCUUUAUCCAGUGAUGUAUCUCAGAGUGAAAUAAAAUUUUGGAAAUUGUGUAAUAUUGCUUUAAGAGAGAAACUAAGUAAUGGUGCAGGAACUCAGGUAAUGGUAUUCAAAGUGUUACUUUAUUAUAUUUAUAAAAAUCACAAAGUAUAAUAUUCGUAUAUGUUUUCAUAUUGCAAUAUCUUUGUUGUUUUUAUAAAUCAAAUAAAGUAAUACUUUUUAAAUACCAUUACCUGAGUUCCUGCACCAUUACUUAGUUUCUCUCUUAAAGCAAUAUUACACAAUUUCCAAAAUUUUAUUUCACUCUGAGAUGCAUCACUGGAUAAAGGGAUCCAUUAAAAGAACUAAUACGGGAGAGGGGAGAGGUCGCCCAAACAGACCUAAAAGCUAUACCCACCAGUGCUAGGUGGAUUAACUCUGGCCCUUGUGAGUGUUCCAUAUAAGAUUUUGCUCCUUAAUAUAUAAUAAGGUUUACACUAUUGUCUACUAUCUUUCUAUACUUGUUGGUUUACCACUAAUUUUCAUCAAAGCCAGUUAAGUAACUUAAAUAUUGCACUAAACACAGAUCUCUACACUUGCUGCACUUUAAAGGUAUAUAGUGCUCCACUGUUUUUUAUAGAAAUUUCACUUUUUCUGUGUUUUUGAAGGUUUGCACAUUCAGUGUGGUAGCAGCUAAUAAUUGAAGAAUUUUUGAUUAAUUAAUAAGAGUUUUUAACACACAACCCUUUUUUGUACCUUUCAUAAGAUUAGUUCACUCGUUUGGACUUGAAGGACGCAUACCUUUCCAUGCUAAUCGCACCGGAGAGUCGACCAUUCCUUUGCUUCAUUUGGCGGGACUGACCGUGCCAAUUUACAUGCCUUUCGGACUCAGCUCAGCCCCAUAGUGCUUCACAAACUACUGAAGCCGGUCAUUGCACACCUUCGAUCCAAAGGUAUCCGUUGCCUUAUGUACCUAGACGACAUACUGAUAUUCUGCGAGUCCGCAUCCAGACUACGCUCUCAAACGAGUUUUAUAGUUUGAUUUCUAGAAUCAAUUUUGAUUUUCUCAAUCAAUUGGGUUUUAUAGUGAACAGGGAGAAAUCUGCUUUUUCUCCGUCCCUAAUAGUACAAUUCCUCGGGUUCUAAAUAUAUUCAACGAAAUGUGUCUUACGCCUUUCCACUUCAAAAGUGGCCUCAAUUCGCAAGGAGAUAUGUUGUAUACUCUGCAAAGACUCCAUUCCCCUUCGGCUCCCUACCAUGCUAUGCAAUGCCUGAAGGCCCAUUACCUGUGGACAGGGCAAUCCUACGACCAUUGAAAGCCAGUCUUACCAGAGGUGUGAACGGAACUUCGUUGGUGGCUCCUACAAAUGCAAGCCUGGAACAGCAGAUCUAUCUGCGGAUCCACACCGGAUUUCAUAGUGGAGUUGGACACCAGCCUCUUGGGCUUUGGAACUCACUGCACACAUGCCUCCACAGGGGGCCCAAGGUCAGGGGAAUAGACAAACCUUCACAUAAAUUCCCUGAAACUAAUCACAGGUUAAUUUACCAUCCGCAGCCAAGGACAUGUCCUAUUGCUGCAUUCUCCUCCACAUGGACAAUACAUAAACCACCUGGGCGGAGCCCGAUCUCGUUCUCUGUGAGAAGUAACGAGCAACAUUUACUGAUUCUGCUUUCCCUGCAAAAUCACUCAUCUGCUGAUCCUACAGGAACACUCUGAACUGGUGGCCUGGAGUCUGGUCCAUCGAUUGCCUAUCACAAUCGACUAGGGACCUUCCACUGGGAACUAGACAUAGUUUUUUCACCGCAUGGAAAACUUGGAGAAGUUGGUAUUUGAAGAGGAACUGUGAUCCCUUUACAGCACAUAUGAUUGUAGUGCUGAACAUUUUAUCACACCUUUUUUUUGUCUGGUCGUUUAUACCGUUCCAUCAACGUUGUACGUUCGGCGAUCUCGGUGUCUCACGUCCAGGUCAUUCCAGUCAGGCAGGACCCUUUGAUAUGUUGCUUAUUAUGAAGUAUCAAACUAUCCAGACCCCGAUAUAUACAUAUGGUUAUGGGACGUAGAUGUAGUUCUCCUCUUCCUACGGGAUUGGUCAGAUAACUCAGACAUUCGCAUAGAAAACUCUUGGCAAAGCUCACAUUACUUUUAUGUCUUGUUUCCUUUCAUUGGGCUUUGGAAGUGGGAGUGUUCGACAUGGAUGGUUUUUCUGUAUCUCCGGAUGGAGUUUCCUUUGCGGUCCUACGGCAGACCAAAACGGACUCUACAUCUGUGUCAUAUCCAUCUUUCUUGACGGUUCCCCGUCUCUGUGUGGUGAACACAGGCUUUCACAAUCGGGUCAACUUCUCGUUUCAUAUACCAAACCGUACAAACCAGUUACGACCACCACAUUAGCUAGGUGGGUAUGUUAGCUUUUGUCCCUGGCGGGCGUGGAGACCUGUUUCAGUGCUCACUCUGUACGGGGCUUGGCUGUGUCUCGGGAUUUCACAAUGGUGCCUCCUUUGCUGAUAUUGUCUGUGCUGUGGAUUGGACACUGGAAGAUACUUUCAGGGUCUUUUAUUUCUGUCAGACUUCACACGCAUCCUUUGCUUUUCUGCCACAGCGUUAAAAAUGCAAAAUAUGAAGCCUUCUGUCAUGUGAUUAUGCUAAAGUAGUGUACCUAUAAUCUUAAUUUUAAUAAUGACUGGAGGCAAGUAUUUUCCCUCAAUGGGAUUCACACCCUUUUAUGACUAUUGUAUAUUAGUCGGAAUGCAUUUCUCUUUAGUUUUAUCCAGUUACUGUGAUAUUUUUAUGGUUGCAUUAUUUUAGAUACAUUGAUGGUUUCAUUGUAUUUCAGGAUUGGUGUAAAAUCUUUAUCUACUACAUCUUGUAUAAUAUCUUUAAUUCAUAUGUAUAAUUUUAUAUAUAUAUAUACCAAUAUAUAUUUACGAUAACUUAAUGAUAUGUGGACAUCGUUUUUUUGCCACCACCUUUCACUUGUUUCUGUUCUUUUUUCAGUGUGACCUUCAGCUACGGUCUCAGGAGUGGAUAUGUUGGACUACUUCACUCUUCAAAAUUUUCAUUAUGGUUCCUGAUGUUAUAAUAGACAUCAAAGAAAGAGGAG